AAAUUAGUACUUCCGGAAACAAAAAAAACAUGGGUAACGUGUGAGCACUAACAAAUAAUAAUUAAAUAAAUAUUACAAUUCAUAUUAUUUUGAAAAUAUGACACAAAACAUAUUUUAAUCCUACUUAACAUUUUAUUUAAAGAAUGCUGCAUAUUUAAAGGGCGUAUUAAAAGAAAUUGAUAUUUUAAAACGAGUUCUUGAAAUCGAAAGUGAAGUGAUUGCACAACCAGCCAGAAUUCAGCAGAACAUGGCGGACACUCACACUGUGACAGCUGUAAGUAAACCAAAAAUGUAAAGUUAGUAGUUUAAAAGCUUAUAAUAUGACGUAUCUAAAAUUCUUAUCCUUUUAUACAUUUUAUAUUGAUUAAAUGACUGUUAUAUUAGUAAUAAUAAUAUUAUAAAUUAUUAUGUUGUCAUGCAGAAGUCUGAGAAGUGAGAAGUUAUCUUGACUUGACAGUUCCAAACCUUGGUAUUAGUAUUUGUCCUAUUAGUAUUAUUAAAUGAUACAAUUUAUUAUUAAAAUAUUAAUAUUUAGGGGGCAAUAAGCUUGAAGGCUUGGCCAAACCCGGACAACUCAAGCGAUUAAGGGCAGUUUAGUCUAUUCAAACUAUUCUCAGAAUGAUUUUGAUUAUUAGAAUCAUUCUGAGAAUGUUUUAGUUUUAGUCCUGGUAUUAGUACUAGUAACUAGUAGUGAAAUGAAACUGAAAGGGUAAAUUACCAGCCAAAAGCUUUAGUUAACAAGACUAAAAGAGUAUCUGGGCCAGUUAACCUAGCUAUGGCUAUAUGUAGGUACUUGGGUAACAUUUUCUAAAUGAAGGUAUAGCUUUAAGAGAUAGUUGGUUAGAAAGAGCCUGAAAAUGCAAUUCAUUGAUACCAAAUUUAUGUUUGUAGGUCAAUUCUAAAGAAAGUUAUGAUUUUUUUCGUGAAUUAUUUUGGGAUAACUCUGUUAAUUGAGACAUAUUCAUAUAGGAAAAUAUAAAAGUGACUAAAAUAAAAAUUGGGCAGAGAUAUUAAAAAAAGCAGUAAAUUGAAGUUAUUUAAUGACUUAAUGAAGAUAACCAUAACAAACCAUAUAUAUCUGUGAUCGUCAUAACAUUAUCCAAACAGACGUCAUACAAUAAAUUCUAUGGUAUGCUAGAUGAGCUCAUUAAUAUUCAAAGUGGCCGUGAAAUUUCCAUAUGUCAUAUUUGAAUAUGAACAUAACAUGAACAAUAUUCUUCAAAAUAUAGGGUCAUGUAUAUCAAAUUGUUCAUAUUGAAAAAGGGAAAAAUAAUAUGUAGCAUAUGGAAGGGUGAACCAAUGUGUCCAUUAAAAAAUUUAAUUUAUUCUAUAUCUCCGAUAGCAAAUCAAUUUUCGGAUAUUAAAUGUACAAUAUGUAGAUUAUAGUAGGAGUUUUUCUUGCAUAGAGGGUAUCUUUAAAUUCUAUAUUCUUUUUGCUAAGUGUAGCAUUAGUUUUUAUUAGAACCCCUACAAUUAAAAAAGAAUUGUGCUGCUUCAACUAAGGCCUACAAAUUGCAAAUAUGAUUAACAUUAUGAUGUCAUUUGAUAGGCCUUUAAAAAGAUAAAACAAAGUAUUUUUGUGUGUGUGAAGCAUUUCAAAGUAUCAAUUCAUCUAAAUACUAAAGAAAUCUUAAUUUUAAAUCUAUUAGGAAGAUAAAAUAUACUUUUCUUAAUAUUUCCAUGUUACAAAUGUGUCAAGCAUAAAAAUGAUAGUGAGGGUGAUAAAUAAUUACGGCGGGGAGGUGGAUCGUUUACAAAGAAAUAGACCCUACGUCUUAAUAUCUAUAUAAUAUAGGGGCAAUAUAGUGUUCUGUUGGGGUAGCCUACUUCUCACCCAAUAUUAAUAGUCUAAAAUUAAAAAUUUUUGACUGCAGAUCUAUUGACAGUCAACUGGCAAGUAUUGGUCAUAUUUUCUUUGGUUCAUAUUUUAAAUUUAAGCUACUAGGUAGAACUUUAUUAGAUAUUAAAACCAAGAUAACAGACUUUGCUUUUUUUUACAUUUUGCCGGCGAACUCUUGUCUUAUGACAUUUCUGCUGGAAUAAUAAUACCCACUAGUCCGGCGGUCACGUGACAUGCUCACGUGAAUAUCUCCCACACUAUUUGUCCGGUCGCCGGAUGUGUAGACAUCACUGGUCUCUGAAACAAAGGUUAACUUUUUGGAUAUUACAGUCACCCUUCCCAAAGACAGCCUUCUCACUCCACCUGCUUUUAACCUACUGACAGCCACAUCUUUUUACGCUACUCUUCUUCCCACCUUAAAUUCUGUUAGGACUCUAUUCCUUUUGAGAUGAUUGACUAUUUCCGAUGUAGGUCCUAGCCGGAGACAGUACUUACCUCAGCCCUUUUAUGGGUUAAAAAUAUUACUUGUGCUGAUGCCUUCAGGUCUUGUCCGAGUGACAAUGGUGACAGGUCGAAACUUAUUUUCACAUAUCAUCCUCACAAUCUCAUAGCAAUCUCCCACGCCAGAUGGUGUAUCUAGGUGAGACUGGAUCGCACCUCUCUUACAGAUGUACACCUAUGAAAUAUUGCACAAGAUAAUCAGUGUCCCAUCUCAAAACACUUUAAUAGAAGCGACAACAAAGGCUCAAGAGAUUUCAUUUUCUUUGCCAUUGUGUCUUGUGCCAAUAUACCAAAUGGGGUUGACUUGGAGGACAAACUGAUUCAGACUUAUGGGACCUUGAAACCAUUCAUGAAUGUCACGUUCCCAUUCAAUUUUUAAACCUUUUCUCCACUCCCUCCUUGUAACGACCAAUUGCAGUGGGCUUACUCUUCUUCUCUUCCGUCCCCUUUUGCCUGUACUAACUUUCAAAUCUACUUAUGUUCUAUCACAUUCCUCUUGCUGUCCUCUCAAAUACUACAUUGAAGCUGAGUGUUUAUUUUAUAUUGUUUUUACUGUCGACACAUGCAUCCUUUUUUUUUUCAGGUUUUACCAUACUUUGUUUUGCUCAUUUCCUUUUGACUUGGUUAUGUCAUAUUUUAUGUGAUGUAGUAAAUUAAAAUAAAGGCAAAGACUUUUUGUCUUUCAGGAUUUGUAAAUGGUUUGGCAUUGUCACUACCAGUGUUAGUGAACAGUGAUUGUAGUUUAGCCUAGACUUUGGACUAGCAAUUUUAAUUUUAAAAAGACUGCUUAAAACCCAUUUUUUGUAGGAACAAAAGAAUACCAGUGUAUUAUGAUAAUUAUUUUUUCAAUACAUUUUCAAAAUCAUCCUAAAUUAGAUCUAUCAUUUAAAGUUUAGAAAAUUUCAAAAAGAAUUGAUUACUAGCUGUCAUUUGGAUGUUGACAUUUUCUUUUAGAAGAUCAUCGAAAGACUGAAGUUAAAAUGAUAUUCAUGAUUGACAUUUCUUGCUAUCCUGAAGAUUAGGAUAGCAUUUUGAAUACUUGUUCUGCAUCACUCAUUGAUGCAUUUCUUAGUGUAGGAAGGCAGGAAACAAAGUUAACAUGGUACAUUUUUAAAAGCGGUAUUAAUAUAUAUAUAUAUUUUUUUUUCAAAAAUAGAUGUUGUUUCCAGGAAAAGCACCUUAAAAUAUUAACUACUGAAACUAAAUUUAAGCCUAUUUACAAAUACUAUAAAAAUAAAGAUAUGUUUCAUUUCAGAGUUCUGAGAUCCUUAAAAGAUAUGCACUUAAAGUCUCUGUGUCAAGCGUUAAAGAAAGGACUGCCGCCAUUAGAGAUGUUAUAGAUAUUAUAAACAAAGGAGGUAGUAACAGAGAUACCAUUGAACAUUUAUUUUCUGUAGUUUAAGAUAUUAAAUUAAAAUGGUAUGAUGGUCUCCUCAGCCUAUGCCUGUUGUUCAUCAGCUUUUAUUCCAGAUUAUUUCAUUUUAAGUCCAUGCAAAAUAUGCCAGUAAAUAUUUACCUCUACCUAACUACCUUUUUGAGUCCUAUCAUCUCAUUUAUUUCAUUGACCCACCUAUGAAAAAAACAACUUUAAAAAAAUUUUUUUUUUAUUUUUGUUCUUAAGUAGGAAGGUAGUUUAAUGACACCUGUAUUGCUUGCAAAAAUAUAAUCUAAAGUUUUGGAUGGUCUUUUAAAAAAAUUCAAUUUGAAAAGUUUUUUUAAAAAAAUUCAAUUUGAAAAGUUUUUUUAAAAAUAAUCAACUUAUAUAUAUAUUUUUUUUAAAAAAAAAAAGUGAUGGUGGAUUAUCCUCACUUAUUUUAAUUUAUUUCAACAGUUGUCCCCGAAGGUGCUGUUAAAGGAAUAUUCCGAUACCUGACCCAGGCUAUUGGGAUUUACAAAGAUGGUGCUUCUAGACAUGCUGCCCUUACUCUUGUUAGCAGUGUCACUAAAGCACACUUUGAAGCAUCUGUAAAAGGAUUAACUGGAGCUUUAGAAAAAAUUGCCCAAGAUCAGAUAAAAAUUGUGGUGCCAAGGUAGCCAAAAAACAUUAUUUAUUCUCACUUUGUUUUUAUAAUUAAGGUAUUUGAAUGCUAAAUAUAUAUUAAAUAUUAAGAUAUUUUAGCUGAAUAAGUACUACAAUUAAGGGGAAUAUGAUAAUAUAGAUGUAUACAUUUCAAAUGGUUGUUGUAUAUUCACAAUUUUACCAGCCAUAGCUCAUCUGGGGAUGCGUUGUUGGCACUUUCUUGGACCUGCAUAAUCUUAAGACAUGCUUUGGCUGCACCCAAUGGCCUCUCAAGUUCAGCCCUUCAGCAGUUGGUGGGUUUGUUGAAUUAUUAUUUAAAUUUUUGAACUUUCUAAGUUUAAUUUUGUUUUCCCAUUGGCUGUUACAUAAGAGUAAUAGAGCUACCCUUUUUAGCCAAUAAACUGGGGGAAAAAAUAUAAAAGAACUAAUUUUAGAUUUUAUCUCAUUAUGAAAGGUGACUCUGCAAUCUUUCCUUGUCUAUGGGGCAUUGGCUGGAAAUGUUACUGUCAUCAAGAAUGCAACUUAUCGCAAGCUGAGGCGUGUGUGGAAAGAGGUAAAUCCGGUAUAAUCAAAUUAAACAUUUAUUUUAAAAAGAAUUGUUUACAGCCUUAAUAAGAAAAAAACAAAAACUAUCAUAUAUAUAAAUAAGUUAAAAUUUGUUUUUGGGCUUGUGCCGCUUAUGUUUCUAAAUGGAUUUAUGAAUCUUGACCAAACUUGGCACAUAUAUCCAUCAUUAUUCAGAAUCAAAUACUGGGGGGUUUUGAACUUUUUUAUUUUAUUCCGUUUGGGGCCUGGGGGCCCUAAAUUGUUUUUUUUUUUUUCCUUAUAUGAGUUAUUACCAAGAAAUACUCCUCCAUGAAUUUAUGGAUCUUGACCAAACAUAGUACACAUACAUUCAAUUAUCCAUAUUCAAAUCCCAAAGGGUCAUGAACUCAUAAUAUUCCCUCCUUUGGGUCUUGGUGCCCCAUUUCAUAUCUCCUUAUAUAGGCUAUAUAGGCAAUUGGCUUAGACAAUACUAACGAUCGUAUGUGACUUGAUAGAUAUAGGCCUAGUUGAUUAGCAAUACCUUUCAUAGUCCGUAUUGAAAUAUAAGUGCAUUUAAAAUUAAUAAUAUCCAAUCUAUCCAGGGCUGAUCUAGAAUUUUCCAGACAGUUUGAUAAUUUAAAAUGCUAUAUUUAUGGCAUUUUUAAACAGAUUUUAAUGGGAACAUUUUUAACUCCAUUAUUUAUCUGAGUGAUUUUAAUAGGACCCCCUAUCUGAGGCAUAACUAAAACGGUACCCUAUGGAAUGGGCCUCCAUCACAGCCCCUCUUUUAACUGAAAGGAAAAUUUGUUAUAGUUUUUGCAUUUGUUGUUGAAUUUUUCGUGUUAAAAAAAUGAUUACGUAGAAAAAUCAUUUUUGUCACAUUUAAAGGUUAUUAAAUUUAAAAUAGAAUGUCCCAAGUGUUUUUUAGUGUUCCAUGGGGAUAAAUGGUGGGAUCUAAAAGCUUACUGAAAUGUUAAUUUAGUUCUUUCAUUUCUAUACUUUUCCUGGGGAUUAUUAGUCUUCAUACACUCGAAACAAAAAGCAGUCUGCCUAAAGGUACUUUUACCAUGAAAGAGGGUUUCACGUGUUAAUUGAAAUGGGAUUUAUGUGGUUGUGGGCCGUAGAUGCCGCUCCUGUUAUAUAGGCAAAACUGGUUGAAGAUUAUCAGAUAGGCUCACUUAACAUCUUCGUGAUAUUGAAUGGGGUAAACUUUCCCCGUCUCAUCACAUUUCAGCGGAGAUAAACAUAAAGGGACAUUAGAUUUAUCCAUCAUGGUAUGAAUUUCCUGAACUAACACACCAGAGAGAGUUAGAAUGGAAAGCAAAUUAAUUCAGCUUUCGGGCUCAAAAUCACCAUAUAGAAUUAAUCAAAUACUCUCCUUCUUCUUCUUCUUUAUUUUGAGGGCCCACGAUCAAUGAAUUGAUCAUUCUGGCUCCUAUGUUUCAGAGGGGUUUGCGAUGUUACUGUGCAUGGGUUUCAAUGGGAUGCUUCACUGGUUGCAAGGGCAACUCAGCAGUGGUGUUAUGAACUGGGGGUUGGAAUACAGGCGGCAAUAGUGUCGAGUGUAGCCGCCUCAACUGUUGCUUUUGGAAGCUUGUUCCAGUCCCCUAUUGUCUUCGGCAGGAAUGAGGAGCUCCUGUACUUUGUUCUUGUUUUUACCACUUGUUUUUAUCCUACUAAUGAUUCUCAAUUUCCCUGUACUUCUUAUAUUUUAUAUAUCUUAAAAAUAUUUUUGUCCAAUAAGAUUUAAGAUCUAUUUUUCACCGUAACAGUACAUAUAUUUCCUGUAAUCUGGGUUUUUCAAACUCCAACUUCUUGCAAUAACAAUGGAGAUCACUUGAGUUUUUAACUAGUUUCUAUUUCUUGUUGUAUUUUCAUUUAUCCUGUCAGCUGAGGAAGGCUCUUAGCCAAAAUGUUCAUAUCUUAUUGUCCUGUCUUCAGAUUCAAGCUUCAACAUACCUUGUUCUGCUAUUUCCUUUACACAGCUUGAAUGUAGUCCAUCAUUUAUUUUAGAUUAUUCUAGAAGCUUUGAUUUUUUCUAUACUCUGUUUUUAAUAUUAUAUAAAUGCCAUUCUCAUGUUUCAUUUACUUUCAUUGAGUUUCCUGGAAUGUUAUGGAAUGAGAAUAAUAGAAAAAUUUUGGAAGUUUCUAGAAAGUUCCAAAUUACUUGUCCAUUAUUAUGGCCUAAGCUGUGUACAUAAAAGAAGUUGAAGGUGCUUAGAUUAUGGUGGUAUAUACGUCUAGGUGUUUUAAUGGGACCUUGGCGUUGGUAAACAUGCCCAUCAUAAUCCCACCAGGGAACAAGAUCCUAAAGGGAAAUGAGAAAAUGUAUCAAAACAGAGAAUAGAUCCCAAACUGGAUCCCAAACUGGAUCCCAUACUGGAGAAAGGAAUGGAUCCCACUGGGGAUCAGGAUUUGGCAGAAAAUGGGAUUCCUUUGGGAUCGUAUUUUAUAAAUGUGAAUUUUUUAGGAGAAAAUUUAACAUUUUAACUUUUUCUUGGCAAUUUUUUUUUACAGGCCUCUUAAUUUGGUUGUUCGCUAAAAGGCUGUAGAAGGUUUUUUUUUUUUUUUUUUUUUUUUUUUUUUUUUUUUUGGUUUCUUUCAAAUGCAACCCAGGCCACGCCGGGUAUAUUGACUAGUUUCUAUAUAAAUGUAUGAAAUUGUGUGUUUAAUUUAAAAUUGUUUUAAACCAUUAAAUUUUUUGUUAAAAUUUUCUUACCAUUGCAAAGGGGCUUUAAUCUUUAUACAUGGGAUUUAGAGUCUCAAAUUAAGAUAACUAUAUUAAAAAAUGGAUUGUAUGCAAUGUAAUUACGUUUCUACACCUUUGAUUGGUUGUAUUGGGUGGUGACCCUGAUGUUUAUAUAACUUAAUGACACAAUAUCUAUUUGAAAAUUCAAACUGAAUAUAAAGGUAGGACAUGCUUGCGUGACUGUCCUUGGAAUAGACUUGCAUGCAUAUUUAAGUAAUUGUUGAAAUGAAAUGUAUAUGAUUUCAGGUACCAAGUUCUGUAGGGAAAUAUGCAGAUAUUGUGGCCCAACUGGAGCAGUCCUCAUUCAACCUGCCAUUGAUUGGACUCAUCAUGAAAUAUCUAGCUGCCAACAAGCUUGCAGACAUCAUUCAAAAACAUAAGGUAUGGCGGGGUUGGAUAUGAUCAGUUUUCCCAGAAUCUUUCUGAAAUCACAGAUAAUAAAGUACAUAGUGGAAACUUACAAAUUUAAAUGUAGAAUUUAAGAAAUUGAUUUGGUGUUUCUGAUGUAUGUGAAUAUUUACAUAGCAGCUAUUUAAAGUAAAGGUCCACUAAAUUUCACUGAGUAUGUUUAUUUUCACAGACUGUGUUCCUGGAUAUUUAUAUGAAGCAAGUAAUUUCUAGCCGAACAGUUCCUAGUAAAGCAGUUUUGGUGAGUAUUAUUUUUUAAUUGUACAAUAUAUUUUUUAUAAAUCUCAGUGUUUAUUGGUGAUUGAUUUUACUUUGAUAACAAUUUCAAAGUUUCUAAAUGAUAAUAGUUAUUACCUUAUUAUACAUUGUGUUCUAUUUUGAAGCUUAAAAGUUAAUAAUUCUUUCAAUUUUAAUAAUGUGUGUUUAGCCUCUGACACUGUCAUAUUUUUUAAUUGAAUGUUUGAUUUGAAAUUUAAACUAAGUGGUUUCUACAUAAAGUGUUCCACCUUUGUGCCAAACAUUUUAUAGAAAUCAUCAAAGAGUUGUUUUUUUAAUAAAUAUAAUCAUUUCCAUUUAAAAUAAAAGUUGUAACUGCAGCUAAAUUUUCAAUAUAAUUGAUUAUAUGCAUACUUCUUUGAGAGAGCAUUAUUAUAGAUUACCAAUAGCCUCUGAAAUAACACUAUUUUUGUGCAAUUAAGUUUAUUUUUACCCUAAAAAUUUGUUAAUUGCAAAAGAUUUGUAUAAAAUAAAAUCUGUUACGUGAACUAUUUACAAUAUCAAGAUCCAAUUAUUUCCAUUGUUACACUUGUCAAGAAUUAAUUCAAUUCUGUUACUGUAAUUUUAAAGACUAGUUUAUUUUUUGUUGUUGCAAAAUUUGUGUUUUAAAUUCUAUGCCAUUUUUAUUUGAUAGUUUAAUAACACUGAGCUGCUUCGUCACGUCUCCCAUGAGGAAUUCAAGGACCUGAUCCUACCUGCUGUACAGAAAGCAAUGUUGAGAAAUUCUGAAAUCAGUCAAGAAAGUAAGCAGUAAUUCUUGUAGGCCUGUACUAUAUUAUUCAUGUUGUUCUUUUACUCCAGCAAUCUGUACAGUCAAUAUGUUAAUCACAAUAAUUAUCUAAAAAUUUAUUUUGUCUUUGAAAUUUCUUUUCGAGCCCUAAUUUUAUAGAUGGUAUUGUUUUGAAAAUUCUUGCUUUGGGUAUCUUAACGAUGUGAAUUUUAAAUCUCAUUUUAGCUAUUAGUGAGCUGAUCAGCAGUGUCAAGUUAGACUUGAGUCAGUAUGCCAUGGACAUUGUCAAGCUGUUUGCUGGUUAGUAGCAUUUCUGAACAGAACCAAAAACAAUUAAUGUUUUAUAAUAUUGUGCACUUUCCGUUAGCACCAAUAAAUAAUAAAUUUUGGGUUGUCAAAAGUUUCCUGCUAGAUCUAAAUUAGUGAUAAGGUUUUAAAAACUGGAAAAAUACAGUUCCUUUUAAGCUACCAUUGAUGUCCAAGUCAUAUUAUAUUGCAACUAAUUAUUGGUUUACGAAAGGGACUAAACUAACCUCUGUUACAUCCAGCCCAAUUUUUUAUUAUGAAACAUUCUCAUCCAUCUCUCAGAUUCUAACAAAACUUAAGGAAUACAUUUCAUUUGUGAUUAUCAUAAUGUGAAAUAUGUAUUAUAAAUAGUUUUUAAAACAUUGAAAGCUCACUUUAAACAGUAACAGUGAGAGCUCAAUAUAAUGUGCUAAUUUUGGCAGAAUAAUGUGAUAACAUUAAUGACAAUAUUCCAUGCAAAUAAAUUUUGGAUUUUUUAAAUAGCAAUGACAUAAGUCAAUUCAUCUUUACAAACAUUAGUUCAUUAUCUCUUGUGGUUAGAAAGGCAUUGAAUUAGGACUAGUUUUAAACAGGAUUUGUCAUUGUGUUGUAUAAGAAUAUAUACCCCAUUUUUUCCUAUGUACUUCAAUAAAAUAUUUUCAUGUUAAUGAAAGAUGUCAUUUCAUUAACCAUGAUAUGAAAUUGUAAUUUAUAUCCCAGUGCAUGUUAAGGCCUGGUUCCACUUGUACCUAUCUAUACAUGAUAUUUUUUUAUCUUAAAUUCUGUUAAAACUAAGAAGAUUACACUUUGGCUUCUACAUUUCUCAGAUAAAUAUUAACAAGUAAAAUUAAUGCACAUCCCUGCAUGUUUUCUGAUUUCAUAAAGUGAUAUUGUUUAGCCUUAAAACUGAAUAAUUUAUAACUAAGUUACACACAAUUUUAAAGUCCAUCUACUGCAUCAAGCCACAUAAAUAGCAGCAGGGCACACCCUUCAAAAGAUGUGUUUAACAAUGUGUUAAACAUAGAUUGUUUAGUUCUGGGAAAGGAGUGGAGAUGGGAAAAAUAAUGCUAAACCUUGAAAGUGUACUGUCUUGUUGAUUGGGCAUCAGCUGUUGAAUUCUUGACAUGCAUUCUAUGUAGGACCCAUUUCAUCUAAAGAAGAAGCCAACAGAGUAGUGGCAGUGCAGGCCAUAAGAAAUCUAGCAUCUCAGUGCAGUGAUCCUGGAGCUGUAGAGAAGGUUGCCAAUCACCUUUUCAAAGUUCUUGGGGGUAUGAAGGUUUUUUAAAAUUCACAUACAGAUUUAUUAUAUUAAUCAUGGAUUUUCUUUGACAAUUUUUUGAUCUAAGUAAAGCUAGUAUACCACCCAGUGGUUCUCUAACUAUUAAUAAUGAGCAAACACAAUGAAUUAAAAAAUGUCCUUAUAUUUAAAAUUGACAUACCGCACAAUUUUUAAAUAAUGCCAGAUUCCUGGUCUUAUUCCUAAAUAAUCUGUUGUUCUUAUAAACCAGGUUCUGAGGGUAAGCUGACAUUUGCAGACCAAAAAAUCAGUGUACUUCAGGGAAUUGGCAACUUGGUCUACAAUACAGUUAGCGGCACCAGUUCUCUUCAGUCUCUGAGCACAACUAUAUCUGAGAUGUUUUUACCCACUUUACAACAAGAAGGUUAGCUUCACUGUUUGUUUUUUAAAAUGUAUUUUUGUUUUUAUUUAGUGAUGUUACUACAUUUAAAAUCAAACAAAAUCAUUUUUUUUUUUUAAAUGUAGAUUUUUUUUUGUUCAUCUGAAUGUUUAAAGAAGGGUUGUAAUUAAGUAACUAAAAUAAAUGACUUGUAGUAUAGUUUGUACUUGAAGUUAAAAAAUGCAACUUUGAUUUACUCGGCCAUUGCCAAAGUUCAAAAACAGUAUUAUAACUAUAAGCAGCGUCCCACCCUCAUGUCACUUGUAGAAAGCAUCUAGCAAGUUUAAUGUACUUUUAGCAUAUACUCUGCACAGCCAGAAAGCACCUGGCAAGAUUAGUGCACUUUCAGCCUUUACUUUGCACUGCCAGAAAGCACCUGGCAAGAUUAGUGCACUUUUAGCCUAUAAUCUGCACAGCCAGAAAGCACCUGGCAAGAUUAAUGUACUUUUAGCCACUACUCUGCAAGUUCAAAAAUUUCUAACUUGCUAUUUCAAAAAGUUUUAUUGCUGAACUUACUUAUGUGUGACCUAUUAACACACACACACACACACCCACCCCAUGCCCCAUUGAAAAAAAAAAGAUUUAAAAAGAAAAGAAACAUGACAUUACAUGCCAGUUCUCUUGUUCCAAUAUCAUGAAUGAGAGGGAUGGGAAAGGUGCUAUUUUUCAUUUCUUAAAUUAUUUAUUAAAUUAUUUUGCUUCUUUUCAAUCAGUCCACGAAGGAACCUUGAUCCACACCUUGUCGAUGCUGAGCCUAUGGUGCUCAAAAUUCUAUACACAUGUUCCUGACAAAUUGUUACUUUGGUUUCCAGUAAGUCCAACAAUAGUUUCAAAAGCUGAAUCAAACACAUGCAUCAGAGCAGAAAGAUAUAAUUUUUUGUGCUGUAUAGUAUUUGAAGGGCAUGAUACUAAUUGGUUUUAGUGUUCCAUGUAUAUAAAAAAAAGUUUGUUUUAUGAACAUAGUUGGUUUAGAAUAGUUUUAGCCUCAUUGAAAAAUUUAAUUGAAAUAGAAUAUCUAUUUGUUAUGCAAUAAUUAAAUAACUCUUUCCCUACGGAAUUUUUUUAUUGAAAAAAUGUACAUUUUUUUUAAGAGCGAAGAAAUAGAGGUUGGGUUUAUUAAAAAACAUUUAAAAUAUUAUUCUUUAGUUUAUAAAACUAAACUUGGUGUCAAAUGAAGGGUAAUUGAAAGGACUAUAUGUUUGUACACUUGUUUCUUCACUUUAAAUAAAAAGACUUACAGAAAAGAACCAUAAAAUGUAAAAAUAUUUUAUGCUAAACCAUUUUCCCCAAAACCCUAUGAUGUACGCAAACCUCAACUUCACUUUUAUAACUCAAUGCCUCUAAAAUACUACUAUCGGAAUUAUGAGAUGCAUCUAAAUAUAAAUCAUCUUCACUAUCAAAAGAAAUAGUAUAAAACAAUUCCAAAGCUUUUUUAACUGUUAAUCGUCUAGGAAACUUACCUACAAGGGCCUAGAGUAGUCAUAGCAACAGUAGAAUAAAAAGACCCGAAGAAAAUCGUCAAAAUAAUGCUUCAAAUGACAACAAAGAAACCUUGGUUUCGCUUGUAAACAAUGAAAUACCACUCUUCUAUGUAGAAGUCUUAUUUAAAAAUAGCUCUUAAAAAGUUUAACCAAGAAAUAGCUAAGAAACAAACAUGAGAUUGAAACACCACUCUUCUAUAUUAAAGUCUUAUUUAAAAAUAGCUCUUAAAAGGUUUAACCAUGAAAUAGCUAAGAAAAAACCAUGAGAUUGAAACGGCGCACAGCGCGUCGCUCCGGGCUUUUGAGAACGGCGGAAGAACGCAGUGUGCGUUGUUCCGCAUGGAAAGAGUUAAGAAACCUUCAUGCAGUCUUAAGCUGUAGGUAAGAUAAUCUUUAUAUACUAUGUCAUCUAUUCUAUUUUACUACCACAGAAAGGAAUCAGUUUGAAAACAUCCACAUCUGGUGUCAGAAAUGCCUACAUAAGGUGCAUGAAUGCUGCGUUUCAUGGUAACUAUUUGUUGUAAUUGAACUUUAAUUUUCAAUUAAGUGAUAAUUCAUGCACGAUAGACUUCAACUAGACAUUUUUAUCUGAUAUAACUGGAUCAAACUAUUUUGAACCUUUCCUAUAUUUUGUUAAUGAUUGAUGUGAACAGAAAUUUGCUAAUGUGAUAGGGUCUUAAGAUUUAAAUUUUGUAUACAGCCCUUCCAUUUGCUACUUCUUCCAGGUGAUACUCUCCAACAGGCAACCACUAGUGUCUUACCUAUUCUAAUGCAGACCUUAGAUAAAGCUGAGAAACAGCCCACUUUGCCCCAGCUAAUGGCAGAGGCUGUGACUGCAUCUUGUCUGCUUAUUAAAAUUUCCAUGGCAGACAUUCAAGCAGGUCAGUUUGUCAAUUUAAUUUUAUCUAUUUCACUUUCCUGUUUCCAUAAGGAAUUUUUAAGAUUUAAAAUUUCUGUUGUAUUUCAUAUAAAUGUAUAUAAGUGCAUUGACAGACAUAUUUUAUUUAACAUUAAAAAAUGUAAUUCAUUAAAUGUUUCUAUUAAGUUGACUGUUGAAAAAAUAUGAGAAAUUUAUUUUAAUGAGUUAAAACCUAGAUUUUAUAUUCAAUUUUUAAGUUCAUUUGAGAAUAAUUUAUCCAUAGAAACCAAAUUGGGCCCUUUUUGGAAUAUCAUAUUUGACAGCAAAAAACAGUACCUUGUCAAUGAAAAGUUCCUUGCUUCUGCAUCAGGAGAAAGUAAGUUUUAUAAAUGAUCUUUUAAAUUUUUACACAUCUUUUAAAAAACAGUUGCUUUGAAAUAUUGUACAUCACAAAUAUUGGUGGGCCAUUUAUGUUUGCGUUUAUGUAAUUGAUAGAAAUGAAAGUAGUAACAAAUUAAAAAGUUUUUUUUCCCACUAGUAUUUACAACAAUCCUUUUUGUAUCACCUGUGUCACAAUCAUUUUUCAGCACUUCAAAGCCUGAUCUUUCUUAUAGAAAGAUUAAUUUUGGACAAUCCCACCAAGAUGACAGAUGAAGUAGCCAGGUAAUUUUAGAUUAUUUUAAGACCAUACCAUUUAAAUUUUUAAAAAUUUUGACAUAAUUGGAAAAAAUUAAAUACAUUUAAUUUCUUUAUUCAUUCUACCUGAUUUUUUGUUUUCUCUUUCAGACCAUACUACAGGGCUCUCAUUUUCUGCUUGUGUCGACGUUCAUGGGCCGUGAGACAUGCUGCUCAGAACACAACCAAAAAACUUCUAGCCUUGUUGGGGGGAGCCAAAACUGCCAUUUCUCUGAUCCAAGAGUUUCAGAGAGUUUUAGAAAUACAGAAAGUAAGAAAUAGGGUUCUGUUUAGUUUGAAAGAUUAACGGGAGGUGCGGGUGAGAAAUCGGCGAAAAGGUGAAUUUUUGAGUAUUUCUGGAUUUUUACAUAUUUGGUUUCUAGAGCCAUUUUUUUAUAUAAAUAACUUUUAAAAAUUUUGAAAAUUAUUUUAGAAAAUAUUGUAAAAUAUAUUUUUUCUGACCCUAUAAAUGUGUAAAUAUUCAUAUUUUUACGAUUAUUCGGUGUUUUCAGCGAUUCAUUUCAUGUACUAAAAUUCGCUCAACCACCUCAUAUUUGGUAUCAAUGGAAAGUUUGACUUUUCCGGAAUAAGAUAAAUAUAGAUUCCCGCCAAUACGAAAUUUACCGAACCCUUCAAUCGCCUUUGUAUCCAACAUACAAAAAGGUGUUUUCCUGACCUACUUAUGGAGUCUCCCAUUUACGAAUGCAUAAACCUUGAACUUGGAAUAAAGCAAGCAUUUUGAUUGGUUACAGCUGUGGAAAGUUACCAAUAGUUCUACUUCCGUAAGUUCCGUUUCGAACCCUAGUAACGCCAUCACUUCACCUCUAGAUGCGGAUGGAGCAGCUACAAUCGUUAUUUAUUCAAUGGAAGAAGUGCUUAGAUUUUAAAUUUAAAUUUUAUAUAAUUCAGUGAUUAAUGACAAUACAACAUUGUUAUUGAAAUGCCACGUAAAAGUGUUUCUAAACGUUCUCUGCAUCUUGAAAAUGCAAGGAAAAGACGUAAAAUUGAAGGUGGGCCUGGUUCUUUGUCUCCUGUGUCUGUGGUCACUGUGGACGUGGAUUUGAAUCAGGCUAAUUCUAAUAGUAAUAAUAGUAACAUUUUAAAUAGUUCAUGUAAUUCAAGCACCACACCAACUACUAGUAGUCACUGUUGUACUAGUUUAAGCGCUAGUGAUGGUGUAAUGGCCACAACAAAUGGUCCAAAUAAUUUUCAAGCUUCUCAACAAGCCAGCGUUUCAUCGAUACCAGUAUCAGAACCAUCUACACCAGUACAAGUGUCCUCUACCCCAUGCUCUUCUCCGGGUACUUCUGCAGACAGUGAGUUAGAUCUGACCCGGUCAGAGAAGAAAAUAAAUGCAUGGAUAAAUCAUUUCUCGGCCACAGAGCCACUUUCAUCAACAGGCAACAUAAUUGUGAGUGUAACACAGUUACAAAUACUUAUUGAAGACUUUCCAUGCCCAACCUGUGGGGCUAAACCACCUGUGUUAACAGCAAAAGAGAAACAAACAAUGGGUAUGGCUGUUACAUUUGAAAUUGUAUGUACCUAUUGUAAGGAUAUUAUAAAAACCUGGUGGUCUUCGACAAGAGACCAAAACAAGAAAAGCUUUUUCCAUAAAUCAUCAGGCAGUAUUGGCAAGCCUCCUAAGCGGUAUGGGAGCAACUCUUUUCAAUAACUUUUGUGAGACAUUUGAUCUAUCUGGAAUGCACCACACGUCAUUUCAGGCCCUUGCACGUAUUAUAUAUUCUUUAAACGGAGAACUUUGAGACGCUGUUUUCAGCAAAGCCGCAUACGUUGUAAGGGUCGAACAUAAGAAGCUUUUACAUGAUCAAUCAGUUGAAUCAGAAAAUGAAACACUCGAUAUAGCUGUAAGCUAUGAUGGCACAUGGCUGACGAGAGGACACACCUCUCUGAUAGGGAUCGGUUGUGUCAUUGAUGUCCUAACAGGCCUUGUUUUGGACGCCCAUGUUAUGUCCUCUUAUUCCCAAAUGUGUGAGAAGAUGAGCAGCAAAAAAGCAACAGCACCAAAAGCUUACGAAGAAUGGCAGAGAGAACAUCUAGGUUCUGGAAAAUGCAAUUCAAAUUUCAAUGGUAAUUAUACAUCCUUAUUGAUUUAAUUUUAUUACUAUAAUUCUUAAUUAAAACAUUUUAGGUGGAUAUAACAAUUUCUCAAUGCUCAUUUUAUAGUAAUAAUUCUUUCUAUUUUUAAUGAGUAGCAAACUAACAUUAAAUGCCUUUACUUAUUUUUAUUUUCAAUAUUUAUUAUUUUUAAAAGUAUAUUUGAAAUUGUGAAUAUCUUAACUUUUUAUUUAAAUUAAUUCUUUCUCAUUAUUUCUAGGAACUUCAGGUAUGAUGGAGGUUCAUGCCACAAGAGUUUUGUGGAUGAGGAGCAUCCGACUACACAAGAUGCGUUAUACAACUAUGUUGUCAGAUGGUGACACAAAGGCCCACACAGAGUUGUGUCGCCUGAGACCUUAUGGCCCUGAUGUAGAAAUAAAGAAAGAAGAGUGCAUUAACCAUGUAUGCAAACGGUUAGGCUCUGCUCUACGAAAUGUCGUUACCGACUCGUCCAAAAAAAAGGUAACUUUGGGGGGAAGAGGCAAGGGCAGACUUACUCAAAAUGCCAUAAGAAGGCUGUCGAUUUAUUAUACAAGGGCAAUAAGAGGACAUAAGACUGCAGCAGAUAUGAAAAGGGCGAUAAUGGCAUCCCUCCAGCAUUGCUUUUCAACAGAUACAAAUCCACAACAUACUUUGUGUCCCACUGGCGCAGACUCAUACUGCUUUUAUAAUUCAGCGCUAGCUCGACAUGAGUUUCCUGGAUCACAUGAACGCCAUGUUCACACACCAUUGGAUAGGAAUCUCCUGGAAAAAUAUCUUAUUCCAAUUUAUGAAAGGCUUUCAGCACCAGAACUAUUGGUCAGGUGUGAAUUAAAAGGUACACAAAACACUAAUGAAAGUUUGCAUUCUGUUAUAUGGUCUCGAUGUAGAAAAGACAAUUUUUACUUGAGGCAGCGAGUGGAAUUUUCAGCCUACGUAGGCGUAGCAGAUUACAACUUUGGACCUUCAUUUCUGCAUGUUUUAAAAAGGGACAUUUAUGGAUUAGAACAAUCUGAUUAUUCUGACAGGCUGAAAAAUAAACGAGCCAAGAAAAGACUGUUGCUAAGUCAAAAUCGAAAAAAAGAAAAGGCGGACAAUAGAAGAGAAAAGGUGAGAGAGGCCAGGAGGAAGAGGCAAGAGGAGCUAGAAAAAGAUGAGGGAGGUCCAGCUUAUGCUGCUGGACAGUUUUAGUGCCAGUUAAAAUUUAAAAAAUAAAUUUUAAAGUCUAUUUUCUAUUCAUUUUGUCGUUUUUUCCAUUUUUCCGCAGUUUGUGUUUUUUGUCACAUAAAUGCUUAUAACUUUUUCAAUUAUUAUCCAAAGUAAACCAUAUUUUCACAGUAUGUUCUUUAUCCAUAAAUAAAGAUUUGAAUAACCUAACUUUUUGAUAUCUUUCAUAGAAAAGAAAAUACAUUACAAUCUUUCACCCCUACCCCUAAAUUUUUCAUAAAAAAUAGUGACACAUUUUGUCAUUUUUUAUUUUUGAAACUAUAAUAGCCAUAGAAAAGUCCUGUUAUUCAAAGUUUUAUUACAUGUCAAAUGAUCUAUUUUUGAAAUUUGAAAGUCAUAACUUCAGACAUAAAAAAGCCUUAGGGUUUUAAAAUUCACACAAAAAAACAAAAUGGCGGAUGUUUUUAUCAAUUACCAUGGAUACCGAAGUAAUUUUGUAAAAAAAAAAUAUUGGUUUUUACGUGGAUUGAUACCACCAACAUGAAUAUUAUAUUUAAAAUCAUACCAGAAGUCAAAUGUGAAUUUUAGAUUUUUCACCCACACCUCCCCUUAAAUAAUGCAAAAAUUACCAUUUUAUUGAUUUGAAAGUUAAGUGUUUUGAUAAUACGGCUAAGUGUAAUUUUAAGAAUUUUUUAAGAGUGACAUAAACAAUCUCAUUUCCCUAUGCAUAGAUUGGUUUGUUGGGUACUACUACUAAUAUCUUCAAUCUCAUUUAGGCAUGUUUCUUUGGCUAUGGGGGGGGGGGAUGAGUAAGGUUUUUUUCUGUAUAUAGGGUGUUAGUGUGGAAUUGGAAUUGUGGUAGAUAUGUAUAGUUUAACUCCUGGAAACACUUCAUUGAUUUAAUAUAAAAAUUAAAAUACAUUUUGUACAUUAAAAUUUUUAAUAAGAAAAUGUAACAUAUAGUUCUUUUAAAUCAGAGCAAAAUGUUAGUUCUUAAGUUCUGCAAAUGUAUUUCAUUUAACUUUAACAAAAUAUAUAAUUGCUACAGCAUGGCCUUUUUGUUUCACUCAACUUUCUAGUAUUGUGAACAUAACACCUGUAUUUUUAUAAUUGCAUAAUUCUUGAUUUACUCACCUAAGAUUUCAGAACUUCACCUGGCCCAGGCCAAAGAAGAAGAAAAUACUAAAUCGGAGGGAUCUGAAAAUGCAAUGUUUAGCAAAGUAGUGAACCCUGCCAUCAUAGCAUCAACUCUACAGACCAUCUGUGCUGUGGAGAGGGUGGACCCUAAAGAUGCUGAGACGAUUGCAAUGACCACCCUUAUACCUGCUCAUCAUCCAUACAUUGGUAUGUAUUCCUUAACCACACAUCACAAGUUCCCCAACCGUUAAAAGCACAUGCCUCAUCAAACAGAAUGAUAAAGUGUCAUGUAUAUUGCAAACUGAUUAUAGAAUAGUAUGAAAAGCAUUAAUAACAUUUUAAAAAAUAAGCUAUUCUGGUUCUUUAUUAUCACGCAUCUUGAAAGUCCAAAGCAAAUUUGGCUAUUUACAGUUGGCUGACAUUGAUUUGGUAAAACUUUUUUGUCUGAUCCAUUAAAGAUUGGGGUGAGGGCCACAGACUAGAAGGAAGAUUAAAAUUAGCAAAAAAGUUACCUAUGUACAUUAUGAUUGCUUGUUUAUUGUUGUUUUAGUUUUUGAAAAGUAAUUACUAAAAUGGUAAAUAUAAUCCAAUAAUUCUUAAAUCGCCAGUGUAUGUGAGGAAAGACUUGUGGAUCACUAUCAUCAAGGCCUUGAACCUAGACCCAGCAAUAUUUGUGACAAAAUAUGCCCAGGAAUGUUUGGCCUUGUUGAAAACAGGGGACAGACUUUCAGAGGUAACUCCUAUGUACAUUUAAUGUUUUUCAAAUAACAUUUCUGUAGCUUUUUAUGUGAAAAGAUAUCAUAUUUGUAAAAUAUAACCCUAUUUAUGAUGAUUUGGGGUUGCAGGCUGAAGAGAAUGCAGUGUCCACCCUAGCUCUGGUAAGCCCUAGGGUCAUCGCACCAGAGCUUGUUACAUAUGUCAAAGAUUUACUGGCCAAUCCAGCCCUGGCGCUGGUCACCAAUGAUGAUUAUGGAAUCUUCCUAACACCCGACGGUGAGCUUUAUGACAAAGCCAUCCUUGAAAGGUAUUUGAAAUUUAUUGGUUAUUUAUUAUAAAAUAAUUAUAUAUUUCUUAUUUAAAUAAUUAUUAUGAAUUCAACCAGUUUAUUUUAAAAGUGCAAUAGUGUUGAGAGGUUGACUUAUUUUGGUUCAUAAUAUCCUUGACAAAAAUCCUAUCUUUGUCUUGAAAUAAUUCUUUGGUAAGGAACAAAUGUAAAAUGGGCAUUUCUUACUAGCCUUUUAAUAAUAGCAUUUGAUUUUUUAAAUAGUUUUUAUGAAUUGUUUGUUAAUGUGAAAUGUUAACUUUACAGUGAUAAAUGUCGAAUUAUCUGAUGAGGUAAGUGAUAUCAAUAUUUUCUUUCAUGACAGUGCCCUGAAAAGUGCAGCAGGAGAUCAGAACAUUAGAAGAGAAAACAAACUCUACUCCUAUGCUGAUCAGAUGGCUGAGCUAGAGAUGAGAAAGGUAUGAGUAAGGAACUAAAUAAUAAAAAUAAAAUGUUGUACAACUUCUCCUCUACAAAUGCUGAUAAAAAAGAAACAUUACAAGGUUGUUUUUUAGGGGAGAAAGAUGCAAACUUGAAUUAAAUCAGAUCGAAGUAUGUAGGAAUUAUAUAUUAUAUCAUAUCCACAUGUGUCUACUGAAAUAGUUUCACCAACCCCUUUAUCAUUUAAACCAUUUGACCUAAAUUGUCAUGUCAUUCCCCCCCCCCUUUUUUUUUUCUCCCUCUUUAUUAAAUAUGAUGUCUUUUUAACAUAACUUGUCCCCCUUAAUUGUGAUGUCAUCCCUCCAUUUAAUUGUGAUGUCAUCCCUCCAUUAAAUUGUGAUGUCAUCCCUCCAUUAAAUUGUGAUGUCAUCCCUCCAUUAAAUUGUGAUGUCAUCCCUCCAUUUAAUUGUGAUGUCAUCCCUCCAUUAAAUUGUGAUGUCAUCCCUCCAUUUAAUUGUGAUGUCAUCCCUCCAUUAAAUUGUGAUGUCAUCCCUCCAUUAAAUUGUGAUGUCAUCCCUCCAUUUAAUUGUGAUGUCAUCCCUCCAUUAAAUUGUGAUGUCAUCCCUCCAUUAAAUUGUGAUGUCAUCCCUCCAUUUAAUUGUGAUGUCAUCCCUCCAUUAAAUUGUGAUGUCAUCCCUCCAUUAAAUUGUGAUGUCAUCCCUCCAUUAAAUUGUGAUGUCAUUCCUCCAUUAAAUUGUGAUGUCAUCCCUCCAUUAAAUUGUGAUGUCAUCCCUCCAUUAAAUUGUGAUGUCAUUCCUCCAUUAAAUUGUGAUGUCAUCCGUCCAUUAAAUUGUGAUGUCAUUCCUCCAUUAAAUUGUGAUGUCAUCCGUCCAUUAAAUUGUGAUGUCAUUCCUCCAUUAAAUUGUGAUGUCAUCCGUCCAUUAAAUUGUGAUGUCAUUCCUCCAUUAAAUUGUGAUGUCAUCCCUCCAUUAAAUUGUGAUGUCAUUCCUCCAUUAAAUUGUGAUGUCAUCCCUCCAUUAAAUUGUGAUGUCAUUCCUCCAUUAAAUUGUGAUGUCAUCCGUCCAUUAAAUUGUGAUGUCAUUAAUCAGGAUAUAGAGAAGAAGAAAGGCAAAAAGCCCCAAGAGGCACCAAAGCUAACAAAGAAACAAGAAGAGCAACUUGCGGCUCAGAAACAGAAAGAAGCUGACAUAAGACAAAAGCUUAGAGUGGUAAGGUGUAUUUCACAAUGCCUUGUUUUUACAAAGUGAUAGGAUAAUGGAUCCAGGGAAUCUUCUGUGUUUUAAAUGAUUUUAAAACAUUCUGUAAGAAAAUAAAAUCUUUAAAAGAAAACAGGGGUGGGGGGGGGGGUCUGUAAACUCCCAAUUGAAUGUGCCAAAAUCCAUAGGUUCAAAGUAAUGUAUUUAUCUUGAAUUAUCAAUGAUGUGCAAUAAUUUUGUUCUCAUAUUCUCAUGAAAUUACAAGUAGAAAUAUACAUUAAUAAAUGCCUCACAUGUUGAAAAUUAUUUUUUUUACUCUGUCAUUCUGUUAGACAGGAGACAUGCAUGUAUUUCAUCAUAGAAGUUAUGUUAUCUUUGCAUCCACAGUUAAACAGAACAGUCUUGUGCUCUUGCACAAUCGUCGAGGCCCUACUGCGGGUAAUCAACGAUGAGAUCUCCACCUACGUGAAGGAUGUGUAUGACUCCAUUGUCCCAUUGCUCAAGUCACCAUUGGCAUCACCGCCUUGCUGCAAUCUGUUUGUCAGCAUGGGCCGUGCAGCAUUUGAGGAGAAGAGUUUAGGUAUUACUGCCAGAUUGAUUUUAUGUUGAAGGGUUUUGGUUUGCACCUUAGUGGUACAUAGAUGGUUGCACUUGGCUCAUUGUGCUACAUAGAUGGUUUCUGUUGGCUCUUUGUGGUACAUAGAUGGUUUCUGUUUGCUCUUUGUGGUACACAAAUGGUUUCUGUUGGCUCUUUGUUGUACACAGAAGGUUUCUGUUGGCUCUUUGUGGUUCAUAGAUGGUUUCUUUUGGCUCUUUGUUGUACACAAAUGGUUUCUGUUGGCUCUUUGUGGUACAUAGAUGGUUUCUGUUGGCUCUUUGUUGUACACAAAUGGUUUCUGUUGGCUCUUUGUGGUACAUAGAUGGUUUCUGUUUGCUCUUUGUGGUACACAGGUGGUUUCUGUUGGCUCUUUGUUGUACACAGAAGGUUUCUGUUGGCUCUUUGUGGUUCAUAGAUGGUUUCUUUUGGCUCUUUGUUGUACACAAAUGGUUUCUAUUGGCUCUUUGUGGUACACAGGUGGUUUCUGUUGGCUCUUUGUGGUACAUAGAUGGUUUCUGUUGGCUCUUUGUGGUACAUAGAUGGUUUCUUUUGGCUCUUUGUUGUACACAAAUGGUUUCUGUUGGCUCUUUGUGGUACAUAGAUGGUUUCUGUUUGCUCUUUGUGGUACACAGGUGGUUUCUGUUGGCUCUUUGUUGUACACAGAAGGUUUCUGUUGGCUCUUUGUGGUUCAUAGAUGGUUUCUUUUGGCUCUUUGUUGUACACAAAUGGUUUCUGUUGGCUCUUUGUGGUACACAGAUGGUUUUUGUUGGCUCUUUGUGGUACAUAGAUGGUUGCACUUGGCUCAUUGUGCUACAUAGAUGGUUUCUGUUGGCUCUUUGUGGACAUAAAUGGUUUCUAUUGGCUCUUUGUGGUACAAGAUGGUUUCUGCUGGCUCUUUGUGGUACACAGAUGGUUUCUGUUGGCUCUUUGUUGUACACAGAAGGUUUCUGUUGGCUCUUUGUGGUACAUAGAUGGUUUCUUUUGGCUCUUUGUUGUACACAGAUGGUUUCUGUUGGCUCUUUGUGGUAUAUAGAUGGUUUCUGUUGGCUCUUUGUGGUACAAGAAGGUUUCUGUUGGCUCUUUGUGGUACGAGAUAGUUUCUGUUUGCUCUUUGUGGUACACAGAUGGUUUCUUUUGGCUCUUUGUGGUAUAAGAUGGUUUCUGUUGGCUCUUUGUGGUACAAGAUGGUUUCUGUUGGCUCUUUGUGGUACACAGAUGGUUUCUGUUGGCUCUUUGUGGUAUAUAGAUGGUUUCUGUUGGCUCUUUGUGGUACAAGAUGGUUUCUGUUGGCUCUUUGUGGUACACAGAUGGUUGCAGUUGGCUCUUUGUGGUACAUAUAUGGUUUCUGUUUGCUACUUAGUGGUACAGAGUUCCUAGUUUCAUAGACGGAAUAGAUAUGUUACAAAAAGGAUUCCCUUAUUGCAGCUCAGUUUCUCAUUCGGGUGCCUGGUAAUGUCUCAGCUAUUUAAUGAUCUGUUCAGCUGGUCUUUCCACUGUCACAGUUAAACUUAACUUUAUGUACAUUAGCUGCAGGAGGCAUUUCAGAAUGUUAUUUGUGUGCACAGUCAUUUAGAAUAUAACCUACUUGUUUUUGGAAAGUUAUGGGAGGCAUCAUUUUUUUGUCCUGGUGCACAUUCCAAUCAUUUGCACCAUUUACAAAAUUUGAGUUCCUGGAAGAUUUGAUUUCUAUGUAAGUUGUUUUGAAGACAACCUGUUACUGUAUUCAAAGGUUUGCUUUUGGUCUUCACUUAUCUUAUUACCAAUCAUGUAUCACUAAUUGUGUAUGGUAAAGAAUGGAAUAAAUUAUGGAGAUGUUGUUACAUACUGCAACACCAAACAAAGACAUGAGAUAAAAACAAGAAUGUCAACAUGUUUUAUAAUUUGUGGUGGUUUUUUAUUGAAUAUGUUUGAAAAUUUUUUUCUUUCAAUUUUAAUAAUAAAAAAUUAUAUUUUUAAAAUCAAGAAUAAUACUUCUUUAUUUAGAAAAAGCUCUGCAAAGUAUAAUUUAAUUAAUGCAAUUUUAGGGAACCUUGUGGCCUACGCCACACUCCGCUUGUUACAGCCAGCGUAUCCCUUGAACAGAGCUUGGCUUGAGGAGAAACAAUUAACCCAAACGACCAGAACUGUUGAAAGGCUAUACAAACUUGCUGUUGUUGAAUCAGAAGAUGUGGAUGAGAUGACCUUGGACUAUGACAAGGUUGGUCAUUUUGUUUGUAAUUAUGUGAUUCUUGUGUUGGACUCAUUGAUCUCAAAAACAAAAACAAUUUAUUUAUUAAAAUUAAUUUGUUGUUGUUCUAAAUAAAAAAAAAACAACAACAUUAAUAUAAUACCAUAUUUUGUUAUUCUAGAUAAUUUUUAAAGCUUGAUGAGUUUUUGACAAGUGCAAUUUUUGCAUUGAAUAAUUUAGGUUAGAAUUUCCUUUCAUAAUUGACUCCAAUCCAUGUAGUUUCUUCAGCUGAAAUAUGUCAUAGUUGAUAUAACAUAAGAUACUAGUAAGCUGUGACCUCUAUGUAAAAAAAACAUUUAAUUAGAACAUCCCUACCUCCACAGGGUCCAGUUUCUAAAUGUUUUUCUGGACCAACUUUCUGCUACAUCUUCUAUCUGCUCCGAUCUGUGUUGGAAAAUGGGGGACAUGCCGUCAAAGGAAAUGUCGUUGCAUGCAGACAGAGCCUUAAACUUAUUCAAGAACAUGUCAAGAUGAGGCGAACAUCAAAGGAUCCACUUUCUAUAGAUAAGGUAAUGUCUGAGAUCUGAUAACCUACAGAUGUGCUAUUUAGUACAUGAUAAAUCAAACUACGUAGGAAGGAACAUAACUUAAAAAUCUCAGGGAACCUAUGGGUUGAAUCAUCUUUUUAUGGACAUCAUAGCACUUGAAAGUUAAUAAAUCCUGAUAAAAAGGAACUCUACACAACUACAAAUUAAAGUUUAUAAAGCAAUGAUUUUUAAAUAUAUUUUUUAACAUUUGAAUUUGUUUAAAAUUUUUAAUUUGUUAACAUUGGAAUUUAAUUUGGAUCUCAACUUAUUAUGAAAUCUAUCAAAUAAAAAAUAAUGUUCACAGUCAGCAUGAAUGUUUUUAAUGAUGAUAUUGUCUACAGUUUGACCCAGACCUCCUGCCUAGACAACAGCUGCUUGAAGUGUGCCUGACGGUUGUAGGUACCUUCCCACAAGAGCUGCAACAGCUGGCCAAUGACACAUUGAUUGAGAUAGCCAGAUCUGCCAAUGGUGAUACUGGAGCUACAGAUGCUACACCUGGAGAGGUAGAGGUCUUGCUGAAGGCACUGCAAGCGCCCAGUGCAGCUGUAAGAGAUAUUGCUCUACAGGUAUGUUUCUUGUGAGAAGAUGUCUGCAUUUAUAAUACUAUAUUUCAGUAAUGAAUAACCCCACAAUAAAGCUAAAUAAGGUGAAAAACCAAUGGUGGUUGAAACCUUGCUUACAUUUUAUUGUGCUGGAACACAAAUACUGAGAGAAUCACUAGUUAAUUUUACCAAGAAGUAAUAUUAAUCUAAUCUACUUCAGGAAUAAAAUUCGGUUCAUGAUUCCCUUCCUAGAGCACCCCUCAAGCCCGGAUAGCGGCUACUUGUAGGCCGCUAAGCAGCACACUUGAAGCAUCCCCUCCUGCUGAGUUAGCCCCUGCCCGCGACUCUACCGCAACCAAUUGGCACUUCUGUUACAAACAUAUUCUUACUUAAUAGGUUCAUUGGCUUCGUUGUCUAGGGGUUUAUUAUAUACACUUGACAACUAUAAUUCUUAGAUGAAAUAUCUUUAUUAAUCAACUAAUUCUUCAACUGCCGUUACUGUAAUCAAAGAACAACACUCCACAACCAAAUCUACAAUAAUAAUACGUCGUAUCCCUUUCCACACAAUACGUCACAAGAUACUAAGAAUAAUAGAUAAAACAACACACAUAAUCUCAAACCAACACGCAAUCACACUUUACACUCAAAUCCCUAACAACUUCAUUUCCGUCAAAUGGCAAAUUAGUAUUCAUGGUCCCUAACCUGUUUCUGCUGGAUCUUUUUUCCAACUUUAGAUAAAACUAUAGUUGGUUUUAGCUUUGGGCAGAUACUAUGCAUGACCUUUGUCUGAGCACGCAGGUCCUGUGCAUGGAGCUGAUGUUCCCCAGGUAGCGCUAGGAAGUCGACGGCAACUCCUCCUAUCGCAGUCAUGCCACUGCAGACUUGUUGACUGAGUUGUGAAGGGGUGGGGAUAAUAUUAAUAGACAUUUCCAUUGUGUAAAUCAGGUAAGAGUCACAAACAUUUGAGUCAUGAAACAAAAACUUGCAAUAAUUUUUUUCUAUUGAUAUGCUAUUUUACAGUGUUUGUCUGAAUUGAAUGCAAUUUUGCCACCCAUGGAGGAAAAUUAUGAGCUGGGUCUGUCCAUUGCCAAACACUUAUGGAUAGCGUGCAAUGAUACAGAGGAACCCAUUCAACAGCUGGCCAUUAGGUAGCAUCUUCUAUUAUUCAAAGUAUUCUUAUACAUUUUUUGUAACAUUAAUUAUUGCAAAUAAUUUUUUUAUUAAUUUAAUUCUUACAAAUUCUUAAUGUCUUGUUCAGUUUGUCUUUUUUUAAAAUUAUUAUUUUUGUGCAUUGCAUGAAAUAAGUGUAAAUUUUGAGUGACAUGUAAUUCAAAUCUUUAAUAGUUUGAGGGAGGAGCUGGCCCUUGAGGAGCCAUGUGAGGAACUCUGCAGUGCCAUCGUCCUUGACACCAUCCAUGACCAGGAAGUCGUCCGACAUGGAGCCUCCAUUGCACUAGCGCAAGUGUUGGAGAGACAUCCCUCAAACAUCCCAGUCAUCCUCAAAACUCUGCUUGACCAGUAUGACACUAAGCUUUAUGUAAGUUCCCUUCCAAGUUAUGUGUAUUACAAAUCACAAAACUGAGUAGAAUAUAAAAAUUUAAAAAACACAGAUGCAUUAAGAUAGUCGUCUGCAUUAAGAUAGUCGUCUGCAUUAAGAUAGUCGUCUGCAUUAAGAUAGUCGUCUGCAUUAAGAUGGUUGUCUGCAUUAAGAUGGUUGUCUGCAUUAAGAUGGUCGUCUGCAUUAAGAUAGUUGUCUGCAUUAAGAUAGUUGUCUGCAUUAAGAUAGUUGUCUGCAAUUUAUAAACGUUCUAGCUGAAAGUUUUUGUUAUAAAAUAAGCCAUUUGGUUUAUCCUGUUAGUUGAAACUGCUUUUAUCCCCUAACUUUGAUCAUGGAAAAAGCCAACUAGAAACCUUAGCAGAGUACCAUCCUCUUUUCACAUCAUUUUUAACUGGCGCCACAGCCAGUGCUUACAAAAAUUUGGUAGAACAUUUGAUAAAAAUCAUUCGACUGUCAAGAGAGAUUAUUGCAUGGUUUGAAUUAAUUUGCAGUAUAAACAUGUUAAGAAAAAAUUAUUAAAUAGGGAUCAGGUUUUGUGUGCUUAUUAAUCCAAGUUAUUAUUUGUGUUUUCCCAUCUCCUUUUUGCAGCUACCACCCCCAAAAGUAGAUGAGUUUGGUCGACAAGUUGAAGAACAGCCCCCGGACAUGUGGCCGUCACGUUAUGGUGUUGCGUUGGCACUGAAGCAGAUCUCCCCACUGCUUACUGAGAGUCAGAUCCCUUCUCUCUUCUCAUUUUUUGUGCCCAAAGCUCUCAGCGACAGAUCGGCUGAAGUGAGGUCAGGCAUGAGAGAUGCAGCUUUGUCCGCCAUACAAUCUCAUGGCAAGGUAAUCAUCAUCUAAGAGAUCAUUCCCAUGUUUAAAGCACAUGCUUUAAAAGGAAAAACAAAAUACCCUUAUCCUGAUAACUAGAAUGACAGCUAAUGAUACCUGUUAUGUAAAAUGGUCAUUAAAAAUGCAAUUAAACAUUUAUUGAUUUUGCAUAAAGGGAAAUUUAUAUAAAUGAGUGUGCUUCCUAUUUCCGUUUCUAUCAAUGUGUAAACUUGUUUUUAUCAGGGCUUGCUUUUAAUCAGGAGUGAAAGUUGUGUAAUGUUUGGACUACCAUUAUGUCUGAUUCUGGAGAAGGAAGUGAAUGGAAAAAAAAUUACAUUUUUAAGAAAAGUACCUAUAACUUGAUAUUUUCUGAAAGGGUGUAGAUUUAGUGUCUACAAAAACUGAUGUGAUAAUAGAUUGAACGAAAUGUUCAGAUUGAAUGCAGAAGUUGAGUAGUAAAAUUUUACUCAUGGUGUCAAGGUCAAUAUAUAACCUUACAUAAUAUAAAAAAUAAUUAUUUUUCAAACCAUUUGAUUCCUUAUCCAGUGUACUUCCAGAAAACACAAAUAUGUGUAGGUCUCUUAUUCAAUUGUUAUGGGAUUUAGUUAUUUUAGACGAGCGUGUUGAAAUGCUAGAAACGGCUUGACGCCAUAGAGAAAAUGCACUUGACAGUUAUGGGGUUAAUUAUAAAACCACUAGAAUCAAAUUUAAUUAGCAAAAUAAAAUUUUGAAAAUACGUGUGUCUCUUUUAAUAUGGUUGACUUUGUACAGCGCUUCGAGCCUUUGGAGAUGAAGCAUGAUUUUCAAAUAAACUUUAUUAUUAUUAUUAAAGAUUAUUCACCCUCAUGGUAAAUUUAUCCUUAAACUUUUUUAAUUCCCAUUUUUUAAAAUUUUUCAUUCCAGGAAAAUGUCAAUAUCCUUCUGCCAAUGUUUGAAAAGUUUCUGAUCUCAGCCCCAGAUACGGCCAACUAUGAUCCAGUUAGGCAGAGUAUUGUUAUUUUGAUGGGUAACCUGGCAAGACACUUGGAUUCUGACAACCCUAAAGUCAAACCUAUUGUUGCGCAGCUUAUUGCGGCAUUGUCUACCCCUUCACAAGAGGUGAGAUCUCAUGUAUUUUAUGCCCUCGAUACUGUUUACUGAAUGAUAUUUUCAAUUUGGUUAGUCAAUGGCAUGGAUAAUUCUAAAGCUGUCCCUUGCCUAACAGGCUUUUAAAUAGUUUUUAUAGUUGAUUAACAAAGUGAUAUGUGUCAAACACAAUUCGCUAUUUGUUUGUUAAUUCUGUAUUUCAAAACAUUUUAAAUGUGUAAUAAAAAGCCUUGAAUAGGUUGUGGGGAUCAAAUUGACUCUCACACAAAGAGAGAGAGAGAGGGAGGGUGUGUCUGAAUAUGUACCAGGGUUACAAUGAAACUAGUUGGGAUGAUUUAUUGUGCAUGAUAAAUAUAUGGAGAGUAGACAAACAAGAACGCAUGAUUGGGAAUUUCGGCCUUAACUGACUUCUAAAGCCCUUGGUUACGUUUUAUCAUUUCGAGUUUAUGUAAUAUCUGCUACCUUUAAACAAAAAUCUCAUUGAAACAUAAAUGAAACAUUUAAUAACAAUAUUUUAACUUGGUUGUAGGAAAUGUAAAAAUGGGCUACCAGUUAAAUGGUCUUCCAAAUAUAAGACACACUUAUGAAGGAUAUAAAUAACUCUUUUUGCUUCUCCGUUAAUGGUGAUGCAAUGAUCAAUUAACUUUGAAAAAAAAGGGGGGGGGGGAGGUGUCAUUAGCCUGAGAUGAUGGCUGUGGUGCUGGGCUAGAAUGUAACAUUUGUCAAAAUCCACCAGAGAAAAAUUGCCUUAUGUAAUUGCCUUAUGUAAUUGCCUUAUGUAAUUGCCUUGUGUUGCUGACCCUUCUUGUGUUCUAUUUGUGUAAGGUUCAAGAGGCUGUGGCAAACUGUUUGCCAGCUUUGGUGCCCUCCAUUAAAGCAGAUGCCCAAGGCCUUGUAGCUAAACUUUUAAAACAUCUGCUGGACUCUGAAAACUACGGGGAACGAAAGGGCGCCGCGUACGGCCUGGCGGGACUCAUUAAAGGCAUGGGUAUAUUAGCUUUGAAACAGCAAAAUGUCAUGGACACACUGACAGAAGCCAUUCAGGACAAGAAAAAUCCAAGGAAACGAGAAGGUAUAAUGAGCUUAACAUUUCAAUUUGACCUUACAGAGAAAGAAAGAUUCAGUUCAAUACAAAUGAAAGGAGAUCAAGGAGCUAGUAAACUUUAUAGCUGGGUGGAACACCCUGAUUCUUGAAGUAACUCAAUAACAGCAAGAAAUCAAUUGUGAUCAUAUUUGAAUGACUAUUUACGAAGUAAUUAUUGCUUUUAUAUAGGUAUCCUAAUUCAUUUAGCUGGUUGUCUUCAUUCCAAAUCAGAGGUGUUCAAUCUUUAUGCUCCCGCAAACACCAAACAGAUACACUGUUCAAGAAUUAAAAAAAUUAUCAGCUGUGUCAUUAUGUAGCAGCAUCCAAGCAAAUUAUUUCUUACUAGAUUAGAUUUGGUUAGAUUCAUAAUAUAUGUAUCGUCUUACUUCAAAUGACCAAAUGCCAACAUUCCUGAAUUAAAAUAUUUAUAUUAUAUAGAUGAUGUUAUGAACAUUGCAUGGUAAAUAAAGGUCACUGUUUAUUGCUGUACUUGUGAUCACCAUUUAGGUGCUCUCCUGGUUUAUUGCUGUACUUGUCAUCACCCUUUAGGUGCUCUCCUUGUUUAUUGCUGUACUUGUCAUCACCCUAUAGGUAUUCUCCUGGUUUAUUGCUGUACUUGUCAUCACCCUAUAGGUAUUCUCCUUGUUUAUUGCUGUACUUGUCAUCACCCUAUAGGUAUUCUCCUUGUUUAUUGCUGUACUUGUCAUCACCAUUUAGGUGCUCUCCUUGUUUAUUGCACUACUUGUCAUCACCCUUUAGGUGCUCUCCUUGUUUAUUGCACUACUUGUCAUCACCCUUUAGGUGCUCUCCUUGUUUAUUGCACUACUUGUCAUCACCCUUUAGGUGCUCUCCUUGUUUAUUGCACUACUUGUCAUCACCCUUUAGGUGCUCUCCUUGUUUAUUGCACUACUUGUCAUCACCCUUUAGGUGCUCUCCUUGUUUAUUGCACUACUUGUCAUCACCCUUUAGGUGCUCUCCUUGUUUAUUGCACUACUUGUCAUCUCCCUUUAGGUGCUCUCCUUGUUUAUUGCACUACUUGUCAUCACCCUUUAGGUGCUCUCCUUGUUUAUUGCACUAUUUGUCAUCACCCUUUAGGUGCUCUCCUUGUUUAUUGCACUAUUUGUCAUCACCCUUUAGGUGCUCUCCUUGUUUAUUGCACUACUUAUCAUCACCCUUUAGGUGCUCUCCUUGUUUAUUGCUGUACUUGUCAUCACCCUUUAGGUGCUCUCCUUGCAUUUGAGAUGUUGUGCAACAUGUUGGGUAGACUGUUUGAGCCUUACAUAGUUCAUAUAAUCCAGCACCUACUCUUGUGUUUUGGGGACAGCAACCAGUAUGUCAGACAGGUCAGUGCACUUACACCUAAUCGUCUGAAGAUUUAUGUAAAUUUUCAGUUGAUUAUUUGGUUCUUACUUUACUUAACUUAAGAAGUAAUUUUUGGACAUUAUAUUUUAAAUGUUUAGACAUGGAAUGAACAGGUCACAGAUUUAUUGAAUGUUUAAAACAUUGUAUUCAUCUGAAUUACCUUAUUAGUUCAUUGGAUAACACAACAGUUCAUUUUUUUUGGUGACAUACAAAAAAUGUAUGGUUUACUAAUAAUUAAUACAUUUGUUUACAUAAUCAGUCAACCAUAUUUGUUACAUAAUCGGUAGAUUUUUUGGGUUACAUCAUCGGUACAUUGUCUGGGUUACAUAAUCCUUAACAUGGAGAACUAUGUAAUUAAAAAAUCUUAUAAAACGCUUUAGAGAAGAUCCUUGGCUUUAAUCUGUGACAGAAAGAAUGUCUAAAAAAAAUUGCCUUGUUUUUUAAUCACUCCUUUACCACCCAAAACACUGCCUGUCAUAAUUACCUUUGAGACUGGUGUCAAAGUAUGUAAUCUUCACCUAUCCACCUUUUUUUUUUAGAUAUGUGGGGACUGACCUAUUUCAUUUAUCCCAUGACUAUUCAGGCAGCUGACGACUGUGCAAAGUCAGUUAUGAGGAACCUCAGUGCUCAUGGAGUAAAGCUUGUCUUGCCGUCGUUGCUGAAAGGUUUAGAGGAAGACGCAUGGAGAACAAAAGCAGGUCAUUGGUGGAAACAUUACAAGUCUGGAGAUAGUUUAAAUAAAUAGUGGAACAAGAUAUUGUUUAGGCUUAACAAUAAAAGACAAGACAAUUAAGCGGACAUUUCGGGCCAGGUGCUUUCUACAGCAGACAGUACAACAAACAGAUAAAUUUAAAUUUAAAAAAUAAAAUAAUGGUUUCAAAGAUGUCUGUAAAGUCCAUGUAGCUAAAUGUUGAGAGAUUUUAAACAAACUCCUUCUAUAAUGAGUUCUUUCAUUUGAAAUAAUUAUAAUAAAAGUCCGAUAUGAUUAUAUUUUAGGUUCCCUUGAGUUUAUUUUGUAUGCUUAAAAUAUCUUCUUAUAUAAUUAAAGAUUAGGUUCCCUGCAGAUGAUUUGUUAUUAUUACAAUAAAGUCUGAUAUGAUUAUAUUUUAGGCUCUGUGGAGUUGCUGGGAGCCAUGGCUUUCUGUGCACCAAAGCAGCUAUCUGCCUGCUUACCCAGCAUUGUUCCCAAGCUCACCGAAGUCUUGACAGAUUCUCACCUCAAGGUACAGAAGGCUGGAUCACAAGCUUUGAUGCAGAUUGGCUCUGUUAUCAGAAACCCUGAAAUUCAAGGUAGUAGGAGGGUUUAUUUGUAUAUCAGUCAUGAGGAAAUAAAAUAAAAUGCUGUCCAUGGUAAAACAUCAAUUUAUUCAAAAAUGUUAAAAUACAAGAUUUCUCAUAAUUAUUUUAUUUUUGGAAAUGGGUUUCAAUUAAACCUUUUUGAAAACAUCACUUUUAACAUUAUAUUUUAAGCUUUAAUUGUGAUUAGACAAAAUAAAAAAUUUAAUGUUUCUGCUACGGCCUUAUCAAUCAGUACAUCAAAAUACAUUAAUAAAAUUAUAAAUUAUGUUGACCAAAUGUAUAAAUAUCCUAGCUAUACUUAAAAAAUAAAACAAUAAGAAUGGGCACUUGUGCCUGACAAAAACAAAGAUCAUAAGAAUGGAAAGAAAUUGAGUUGUACAAUAUAAACUUUAACUUUAAUGAAAUUUUGGUACUAAAAUCCAUUCCGAAUACAAUUGACUAUGUUGAAUCUGUACUUUACAGCUAUCGUUCCCAACCUGCUGGAAGCCCUUCAAGAGCCAACAAGGAAAACCACAACAUGCCUAGAAAAACUGCUUCUUACAAAGUUUGUUCAUUUUGUCGAUGCCCCAUCACUGGCUCUUAUUAUGCCGGUCAUCCAGCGAGCAUUCCAGGACCGGACAACAGACACACGAAAAAUGGCCGCUCAGAUCAUGGGAAACAUGUAUUCUUUAACAGAUCAAAAAGUUUGUAUAAUAUGUGUCUCAGCAUCUGAUCAUUUUGUCACCUUCUAUCUAUCUAAACGUUAAGUCCCUAUGCAUUGGAUCAUUUUGUCACCUUCUAUCUAUCUAAACGUUAAGUUCCUAUGCAUCUGAUCAUUUUUUUUUACCUUGAAACCUUAAAAUAAAAUAUUAUUCAAUUUUGAAUCAUGACCUAUUUUUAAAUCCUAUAUAUUAAAAAUUUCAGCAUGCAGUUUUUAAAAAAAAAUUAUUUACUUGGAGUUUUUUUGUUUCUUUGUGUCAAAAUCUUCAGAAGGCUAAUUGACCCACUUCCAAUCAUCCUAUCAAACCCAACUGAAACUUGGCACAUAGACUUGUUGCCAAUGACAACACAUUCUUUCCAAUUUUUUGCCCCAACCCCCAAAAUUAGUUUUUCUUGUUUUUUUAUGGGGAAGAUGCAUGAAAUAGUAUUUUUUUCAAUGGGUUCUUGUUUUAGUGUGGAGAUUGUGUAGCUAAUGCAUGUCAUUUGUAUUUGUGAUGUAUUUGUGUUUAAAUAUAUCUUUAGUCUAUUGGCUUUUGCAAAACCACUAAAAAUCCAUUGCUACAAUCAGAUAAAUGAUCACAUACAAUUAAAUAAAUGUAAACAAAAGGAUUUACAGGAAAAAACCUUGUUUUUAGGGGCUGUUUAAUUAAACAUGAACUUGCCGUUCACAUCAUCUCUACUUCAUCAAGUUAUUUGCCUAUAAAUUAAAAGCAAAUGGUGUGUUUUGCUUUUUUGAUAGUUAAAGAAUAACGCUUAUUUAAUGUUCAUUAAACAGACAAUUUAAAAUAGCUUAAACUUCCUAUAAAGUCGAUUCAAUUGAAUUGUUCCCUCUGUGUAGGUUAAGAUCAGUUAUGUUACAUUAGUCAAAGAGUGAUCUUUUGUUGUUAGAUAUAACAGCAGAUUUUACAUUCUUUCUGAAUAUACUUCCUGGAAUAUGCAAGUCAUGUUAAGAUUUGACAUACUUAGUUGUUUCAAUAAGCUUUGUGUGAAAUAGUCUAGACACUUGUGUAAAAAAAAACAACUCUAAAACUGUUUAAAGCACACUUGUAAGAGAUAUUCUAAAGUCAUUACAAAUACAAUUGACUAAAAUGUUCUGCUUUUUCCAUCUUCAGGAUCUAUCCCCUUACUUGCCAUCGGUCAUUCCGGGCCUGAAGCAGUGUUUACUUGACCCGGUACCUGAGGUCAGGACCGUGUCGGCUCGAGCUUUAGGUGCCAUGGUGAGGGGGAUGGGUGAGAACACAUACCAAGAUCUGCUCCCGUGGCUCAUGGAGAAGUUGGUCUCGGAGCAGAGCUCGGUGGACAGGUCGGGUGCCGCCCAAGGUUAGUGCUGACAAUGUGAUGACUGCUUGUAUCAUCAAUUUUUUACAAAAUCUAUCUGGUUGGCCAUCAAAAUAUUAAAUACUUCAGAACAUAGAUUAUCCAAACUGAUUGCGUUUUGGGUCGGAUAACCUAUUACUUUUUGACAUAACAUAACUCUUCCAUAAAAAGUUGUGUUAAAGAAAUGGGUGCAUAGAAUACAAUAUAUUCUUACCUUAUACAAGUAUGUUGAUACAGUGCAUUUGUACAUAUAUCAUUUGUUUCAUAUUUGAUUGUGCAACAGUGGUCAGAAUUUUUUUUCUGGUAUUUGUAGUGUGUAUGCAUGCAAUGCUCCAUACUUGAACUUUGCCUAGGAUAAUAAUACACAUUUUUGGAAAAUGAAAUGCCUUGUGCUGCCAAUAUAAUUGUCUUAAGAUAGGAUUUCUUGAAGAAUCUACUUAACUAUUUUUGCUUGUCAAUAUGUGUUUUGUAAAUUCCAGACUUGAUUUAAAAUGUUUCCUUCAGGUCUUAGUGAGGUCAUUGGAGGCAUGGGUGAGGACAAAUUAAAGAAAUUGAUGGGAGACAUAAUUCAGACAGCUGAGAGAUCAGAUCUCAUGCCCCACGUCAGGGACGGAUAUAUCAUGACCUACAUAUACCUGCCUUCAGUGUUUGGGUCCACAUUUGUGCAGUACGUUGGUCCAAUUCUGCCUUCAAUAUUGCAGGUUAGUCUGUCUUUACAAUUUUUUCAAUGAACCAAAAGAAUAUUUGAUAUUUUAGAUACAAUUUUUCUCUUGUAAAGGCAGCAUUGAAAAAUUAAUCAAAAUAAACUCUUCUUCAUUGCAUUUAUUUGACACAUUCCCUCAUGCCCAUACCCGACCCCAAAAAUACAAGAAAUGGCCUUGAAAGCAUAAAAAUUUGAUAACGUUUCACAUGCGAACAGUACAUUUACAACUUACACGUAACGCAUAAAACCUGAUAAGACAUCCAAACGACAAUGCCAUGUCACCUCUUGCAUUGCCCAGCAAUCCAUGACUUACACCUUAACUGCCCACCAAAGAUACCAGACCACUCCCAACACUUUAUAUACAAACAAAGAACAUCUGCAGAGUUUGUAAAUCCCUCACCGUGGCCUCAGGCUAAACAGCACAUGCUACAAAGGGAAUGCCGCCAAUGGCCACUGAAUGAUGAUUUUCAUGAUGAUGUAUUUAUUUGCGUUUGGUUAUCCCAUAACACAGCGCAUUGAUUAUAUCUGACCUCUCUGUGUUUGCACACCAGGCUCUUGCUGAUGAAAAUGAGUUUGUUCGUGAUACGGCCCUCCGUGCUGGCAAGCGUAUCAUCAACCAGUAUGCAGAAACAGCUGUGGAGCUUCUGCUACCAGAGUUGGAGAGAGGUCUGUUUGAUGACAACUGGAGGAUCAGGAACAGUUCUGUGCAGCUGCUCGGUGAUCUCUUGUACAAGGUGUCUGGUAGGUGCCCAUCGCUGGUUCAUUUCAAUUCAGUGGUUCUCAACCUCUUUCUGCUCAUGGUCUAAUUUAACAUUUUUUAAAAACUUCUGUUUGCCCCUUCCUUGAAGUUAGUAUAGAAAUAUUGCAAUUUUUUUUAUACAUUCUUUUUUUUUCCCAAAAAUUUUUCAUUCCCCACAAAAAUAUGACCUACUUUGAGACCCACUGGUUUUAUUAAGUUAUUUCAUAAAUGUAUAAAUGUUGUAUACAUUUUGACGGUUUCAAUAUUUUAAUGAAAGAAGGGACAAGUUCUACUGUGAAUCUGCACGCAAGGGAAAUUUAAAAAAUGAAUUUUUGAUAACCUUCUGCCCAUUUGUUGGAGAUAAAAGAUUAAUAAAAGAGAAUACAAAAUUAUUUAAAAAAUAAGAAAAUGCUUAUUUUUAUCUAGCCUUAAGUUGUUUUUAGACCUUCUGUUACCAUACUUACAAGAAUUUUUAUAGUUCUGAAAACUUACUCUCCCAGGCGUGUCAGGAAAAAUGACAACAGAAACAGCAGAUGAAGAUGAUAACUUUGGUACAGAGACUUCCUACCAGGUAAAGUUGAUACAAGAAAAAUUUGUUUGGGUUGAUAAAAUGGUAUUUAUUAAAUUAAAAAAUAACUUUUUUUAUUUAAAUCAAAUCCAGAAUGCAAAAUAUUAGUACUAAAACAGCAAGAAACAAGUUAUGUGAGUUUACAUAUCUAAAGAUGUACCUUUAUUUUUCUCAAUUAUACAGGCCAUAAUGAGGGCACUGGGCAGUGAACGUAGGAACAGGGUGUUGUCAGGUUUGUAUAUGGGUCGCUCAGACACAGCACUGAUGGUCCGACAAAAUGCUCUUCAUGUCUGGAAGAUCAUAGUGGCCAACACGCCCCGAACACUGAGGGAGAUUUUACCCACAUUGUUUCAACUGUUACUUGGUUGCCUUGCUAGCACCAGCCAUGAUAAAAGAACCGUAAGUCAUUUUAGCCAAGUUUCAUUGUAGUUUUCACCAUAAUCUUUUAGUUUAUAACAUCCCUUUUCUUAGAUUUAAACACGUGUUUUGUUGCAAAACAUAAGGAUCCAUCUUUUUUUUUUUCUUGUGUUCAACCUAAAUUUAAGUGUUUUAUUUUUUUAAUUGUUAAUAUAUUUUUAAAACUAAUAUAAAAAGGUUAGUGUCAGAAAGCAAAGUAAUGCAUGGAUAUUUUUUUUUUGUAGAAAACCAAAUACAUAAAAUGUUCAAGGGAAUUUCUUGAGGCCAAUAUGUUACAAUUAGAAAUAAUUUCUUAAUCCUUUUACAAACCUUUUUCUUAACAAAUAAUUUAUGCUCAAGGUUGCUGCCCGUACUCUGGGUGAUCUUGUGCGUAAAUAACAAAUAAUUUAUUCUCAAGGUUGCUGCCCGUACUCUGGGUGAUCUUGUGCGUAAAUAACAAAUAAUUUAUUCUCAAGGUUGCUGCCCGUACUCUGGGUGAUCUUGUGCGUAAGCUUGGUGAAAGAGUUCUGCCAGAAAUCAUUCCUAUCCUUGAGAGUGGCCUGGAUUCAACAGAAGCUGACCAACGCCAGGGAGUUUGCAUUGGGUUGUCUGAAAUCAUGGCUUCCACCAGCAAAGAUCAUGUAAGUUUAUUUUGAUCUCUUGCAUAAAACAGUUCUGGGCUACCCAUGGCAAUGCUGUGGCAGCCUUAUCUCCACUGUUGUUGUAUAUUCAGGUAUCUAGGGAUUAACUGGAUAGACAUUUUCACUGCUCCAAGUUUUCUUUACUGCCAUUUGCCAAAUCUGGGUGCAAAUCCAAGUAAAGUAUUAUUUGUUCCAUAUACAAAGCUACAAUGGAUGAAACUUCAGUAGAUUAUCGCCCAUAAAGAUAUUGAUGUUUAAUGCAAUGUCCAUGUAUACUGCAAUCUGUUAAUCUAAUAAUACUACAACAAGAAGUAGCAAAAUAAAUCUUUAUUUAAAAAUAAAAAUGUCAAAAUCUUUUCAAUUACUAUAAUAUUUAAAAUGAAUUUUGGUCGUACUGAUACAACUAUUUUAGCAGAGCUGCUAAAAUUAUUGGUUAAAAGCUCAGAUACUGUGUGAGCUCGGUCCCUAAAUGGUUUCAUAGGUAUUAGUAUAUUUCAUUUACCGGUAAUGAAAAAUUACUUACACUGGCUUAUGAUGCUGACCCCCAAUUUUAAUACUUUAUAGCUCCAUAAUAUAAGAUAAGAUUCCUUAUGGAUCCAAAUAAAUGGAAAUGUUGUUUGAUUACAUUGUAUAUUUUCAUUUUCAGCAUAUAAAAUAAAUAACUACAAAUUAUUUUAACCAAGACAUUUUACAAUGAUAACAAUUUAAACACAAGACAUCUAAAGUAUUUCUUUAGCGUAGAAAUCAGCCAUCAAUGAACUCUCUUAUUGACAAUAACGACUUAAUUAGUGAUCAUUAGUAACCAGAUGGAUUUGUACAGACUAGGAACAGAAUUUGUAUAUCUUUCGGUCCUAACUUUUAAGAGUUUAGCGCAAAGAGUUAAAAAAACAACCACCACCACCACCUUCAAUCCACAUGAUUAAUCAGACACAAACAAUUUGCGUAAAUAAACCAAUAUAAAGUCAGCUUUAAUAAUGAUCAUACAGAAUACAAAUGUAGACGUUACGGCAAAUGCCUUCAUCAGUACAAAAAACAAACAAAAAAACUUCAUUUAAGGAUAAAUUAAAUUUGUUGUUCGUCAGUCGGGAGUGGACCAUGACCACUUUAAGCAUCAAAUUUGUGCUAGUUCUGUCUGUGGGUAAGCAGAUGACUAAUGAGGCAGAUUCCGGGACAAAAUUUACAUAAUAUAUAUAGAGAUAUUUUUAUUUCAAAGUUUUCAUUUAUCCAUUUAAAAAUUAUGUAAACUUGUUAAAAUGCAUGCGCAGCUAAGGGAGAUUAUUCAUAAUUAUGUUAUUUUUAUAAAGUUUUUUUUUUCCAUGUGCUUUGCUGGUGAACUCUAAUCCACAACUUUGAAAUUGAAGUAAUUUAGACUGAACCGGCACAAAUUUUAAUGUGCUAGUUUAUUAAAUCUCUUUAAUUUUCCAACAAAUAUUCUGAUUUCCAUUGUUAGUUUUUGCAGUGGCGGGGGCCAAAUGUCUAAUGCAAUUACCAGUUGUUCCCUACAGCGAUCUGUAUGCUAACAGACUUAUCCCCACUUUUGUUCUCUACCAAGGUAUCUGUGUAUGCUGACAGUCUCAUCCCCACUGUUCGUCGUGCACUCAUCGAUCCCCUAUCUGACGUUCGUGCUGCUGCAGCCCACACCUUUGACAACCUCCAUCAUAACAUAGGACAGAGAGCUUUGGAUGAAAUUUUGCCAGACUUGCUUAAAAAACUUGUAAGUGUAACCUGGACAUUUAACCUUAUUCACUGUAACACCUUGUCUUGCUUUGAUUUAAUAAGAGAUUUCAAGUACUCUAAUCACUUUCUACUUAAGAUGGUGCAAUUCACUUAAAUGAUGGGUACCUUAAACUGUACAAAACAUGUUGGUUUGGUUUAAAGUAUAGGAGAAAGUCAUCUCAUGAUUUUUCUAUCUACAGAAUGAACCUAAGAUAUCUGAAAGAGCACUUGAUGGUUUGAAGCAGGUUAUGGCUGUUAAAAGUCGUGUGGUAUUGCCUUAUCUUGUUCCUCAGGUAACCUAGGGAAGAAAAUUGGGGGAUGGAAAAAGCCACUUUUUUAACAAAAUUAUUUAUUCUUACAGUUUAUUUUGAAUAACUAAAUGAUACAUAAAGUUGUUUUUUUAAAUACUGAUGUGUUUCAUUCAUAAAUGACUUAAUAAAAUUUGGAUUUAGAUUACAAUAAAGAAAGAAAUGUUGAAUGACAGCUUUCAUUCGCAAGAACUUAAAUAGUGUUGCAUAAAUUUUGUCUCCAGCUGACUGCCUCACCAGUUAAUACUCAGGCGUUGUCCUUGCUUUCGUCCGUUGCUGGUGAAGCCCUUACCAAGCAUUUGGGCAAGAUUCUCCCUGCCUUGAUGUCUUCACUCAGUGGACGAAUUGGAAAACCAGAAGAGGAACAGGUCAGUUAGUUCAGGGCUAAUUUGGUCAGUUUUUUUGGUAAAAAUUAGAAGACUAUCUAUAUCCUGGCUAACCAUAAAUUUUAAGCUCGAAACAGGGAUCAAUGGAAGUAUCACACACGAAACAUGCGAGGUUGGGUAUUAGAGUGCUGGAGAGACCAGGCCUACGCCUCCCACCAGCUAGCUAGACUCAAAGAUUGCUAGAGAGACCAGGCCUACACUUCCCACCAGCUAGCUAGACUCAAAGAGUGCUGGAGAGACCAGGCCUACACUUCCCACCAGCUAGCUAGACUCAAAGAGUGCUAGAGAGACCAGGCCCACACUUCCCACCAGCUAGCUAGACUCAAAGAGUGCUGGAGAGACCAGGCCUACACUUCCCACCAGCUAGCUAGACUCAAAGAGUGCUGGAGAGACCAGGCCUACACUUCCCACCAGCUAGCUAGACUCAAAGAGUGCUGGAGAGACCAGGCCUACACUUCCCACCAGCUAGCAAGACUCAAAGAGUGCUAGAGAGACCAGGCCCACACUUCCCACCAGCUAGCUAGACUCAAAGAGUGCUAGAGAGACCAGGCCUACACUUCCCACCAGCUAGCUAGACUCAAAGAGUGCUAGAGAGACCAGGCCCACACUUCCCACCAGCUAGCUAGACUCAAAGAGUGCUGGAGAGACCAGGCCUACACUUCCCACCAGCUAGCUAGACUCAAAGAGUGCUAGAGAGACAAGGCCUACACUUCCCACCAGCUAGCUAGACUCAAAGAGUGCUUGACACUUACACAAGUGUGUAAGAAAUGUUGUGGAUAAACAGUGACAUAGAACAAAAUACAUUUCUACCAGGCUUCAUUUAUAAAAUAAUUGAUUAAAUCAAUUUGAGGAAACAUCAGAGAUACACACACACCUACCUUUCAAAUUAAAUUAUUGUAACAAAAAACCAGCAGCUUAUGGUCACCAAUAGCCAUAUCAAAUGCGUUAUCGGGGACGCAAUAAGUGUAACAAGCUCCCUUAAAACAUCCUAACCACUGAACUUGAGGAAUUCUGGAAGAGAAACAAGAAAUCAGCUCAGCAGUUAACUUUGCAAACUGAAUUAAGUUCAUCAAAAAAAUAUUGUGAAGUGAUGGUAGAGUAGUCUGAAUUGAGUUAUGGUGCAACUUAUCACCACCUUGCACAUCGAACUUAGAUUGGCUAGUCAUGGACUCUUUCAAGUAAAGCAGGAGCCUUUAGCAUCUGCCUCCUUUUAAGGGAAUGGCAUCUCAUGCUGUAUUUGGAACCUGCCCACACCUUGUUUUCUAGUGAGCCACCCCAGAGUUAGUUGGGACACCUGCUUGAUGUUUGAUUGACCUUUGUCUCAGACCUUCCCAAGGGACAAUUUUGGCAACUAUGUGCCUGUAUGUUGCCCUUUCAUGCAAGCAUUACCAUCACCUCAUGGCAGUAGAAGUGACUCUCAACUCUAAAUAGUGGUUUAUGCUGUAAAUUUACAAAGUAAAAUUUUUAAGAAAAAUUUUUAAAUAAAUUGGUUAAGUGGUUAUUAAACAUAUCAUGUCAAUAAUUUCAACGAUUUAAAUGAAAUUGUGCUGUACAAAUGUAUUCUGGUUCAUUUUAUAUCAGAUUUUAAAAUCUUUUUAGAUGAACCUUUUUUAUAAAUGGGACUUGGACACCCUUAACACUCUUGUGGGAGUUGUCCCCCUUUCAUUAGCCAUUUUUAUCUCCCUUGUAAUAUAAACUGUAACCGUGAAUGCUUGGAUUAAAAAGAAAACACAUUUUAUUCAAAUUAUUUCAUAAUAAUUUUGCAUUUAAGAUAAAUCUGUUUCUGUUUGGGUAUAUUUUUUAUUUAAUUUUUUUUAGGAGUUAGAAUACUGCAAAUCUGUUGUACUGUCUGUAGAAGAUGACUUGGGUAUACGCACCAUCAUGGAGGACCUCCUCUCUGUAAUCACCCACAAUUCUGAUGCACCUGUGUGCACAGCUGCUGUGCUCAUUCUAAACAUGUUCUGUGCCAAUACCUCAGCCAACGUCACAGAAUACUUGCCACAUCUGUUCCGUGGCUUGAUUGGUCUGUUUGUUCGCACCGAUGAACGCUUACUCUUGGCAGCCUGGAACUGCUUGGAUGCCAUAACAAAGGUAGAUUUAACUGAUUGUAUUAACUUUAAUCAUGAUGGCUCGUUGGGUCUUAAUGAUCUAGUCACAAAUAGGUGAAUUUGUCUGAGUUCAAUAUCAUUUAGUUACACCACAAAGCUCAGUUGCUAAAAGAUAUUACAUUUUUCAAAGACUUUUCUGUUGCCUGAUGUAAAUUAACUUUGGUAAAACAUGUAACCAAUUAAUGAUAGUUGGCCUUUUGUGACAGGGAAUGCUUGAGAUGACCGACCAUUGUCCUGCACACAGGCUGCCAUAAGUGCAUUAUUGUUACUAGAUAAUCUUUUAUUCUGUAAACAGAAAAUUGAUUUGACUGAAACAGAGGAGCAUAUUGCAAGUGUAAGACAAGCCCUUAAAUUCACCUUGUCAGAUUUCAAAGGAAAAGAGUUACCUGGAUUUAGCAUUCCCAAAAAGGUUGGUAGUAGAACAAUUUUUACAUAAUAAUAACUUUGCUUGUCUUUUUCUUCUUGUCAAUAAUUUAAAAUAAAAAAUAAAUAUAUAUUUAUUUAUGCUUGACCAUGUUGCAUACACAGAAAGUUUGUGGGGUUUUUUAUAUAUCAGGUUUAAUUGCCGUCAAACCCCUAUAGAAUUGCCUAAGUGUACACAUUAAGGUAUUAACUGACCUAUUAUACAACUGUUGUCAAAUAUAAAUUUAUUAUUUUCGUUGUGUACAUUACUAUAUUUUGAGUAAAACAAUUAUGGCCACACGUCUUUAGUUUAACAAAAUUAAAUAAUAUAAAUUGUUUAAAAAAAAUUUCCCCAGGGCAUAGCUCCAGUUUUACCAAUAUUCCGGGAGGGUCUCCUCAAUGGAGGAGCUGAAGUAAAGGAAGCUGCCGCUCUUGGUCUUGGUGAGGUCAUCUCCGUGACCGGUGCUGAGGCCUUGAAGCCUUCUGUGGUGAACAUCACUGGGCCCUUGAUUAGAAUUUUAGGUGACAGGUUUGCAUGGACACUCAAAGUUGCUGUGCUGGAUACACUGUCAAUGCUCUUGGUCAAGGUAGGGAAACAAUUUUCUAUUUUUGUAACCAUUCAAUUUUGACUUCGUAAAAACUAUAAAACAAAAUAAACAAAGAAUGAAUACUCAAAGAGGGAAUACUCAAAGAGGGAAUACUCGAGGAAUGAAUACUCAAAGAGUGAAUGCUCAAAGAAAGAAUACUCAAAGAAUGAAUACCGAAAGAAUGAAUACUCAAAGAGUGAAUACUCAAGAGUGAAUAUUUAAAGAAUGCAUACUCAAAAGGAGGAAAACUAAAGAGAGCCACUACUCAAAGAAUGAAUACUGAAAAUGUCACAUGGGAAAUGGCGGCGGUGGGCCGCCAAGCAUGAGCUCUUAAUGCCUUCCCCACGGCACACACCCACAUGGGCCAAACGCCGGGUUUCCCCGUCUCCAGACAGUGCGGGGACAUGCUGGGAACCUCCCCCCUGGCCUGGGAAUGUCUGGUCGACCGAGAGCGCUACGUUUAAAGUGAACAAUGCAUUUAAAGCGUUCGCAGCCCACUCUCCCUAGAAUCUGGGUGGGUUUGCUUCCCCUCUGGAGGACUGGUUUUGAGUUACCACCCCCCACAACCCAUGGAGUCUUUCGGUUGGGACGAAAAAGCUGGGACGAAACGGUUACCUUGGAGCAGAAAAUCCUGUGUGGGCUGCCCCGAGUUUCCUCGGAGAUGCAAAGAGUCAAGACUACAAGAAUGAAUACUCAAAGAGCUGAACAUUUUGAAACCUCAAUUUUUUCAUUUUCUAUAAACUUUUAAGAAUGUUAGUUUUGCACAAUUCCAUACCUUCAUAUUGAAUCCUCUGAACUUCAUUUCAUCCUUACCUAUAAAAGUCUCUUUGAGAACUUUGUAGUUGUAUUUACACUUAUAUAAGUGCUAUUAAGGGCCAACUUAUAUAACUGCUAUUAAGGGCCACAUAUGUAAGAGCUAAUAAGGGCCAACUUAUAUAAGUGCUAUUUAGAGCCAACAUUAAUCCCGCCAGACAAAUCCAAUGUUCCUUCUUUAAACUGCUCUACAUCAAAUAUUAUUCAAGGACCUGUCAGAUUUUAACUUUUUAGAAUUUGAGAAAGUUAUGUUUUAAAAAAUGACCUUUAUAUAUGUUUUAAAAAAUGACCUUUAUAUAUUGGAACAGACAGACAAUGCUCCUGGAUAGAGGAAUAAAGUGUGUAACUAUAGUGUCAGGCAUUAAGGAUAAAUAAGGAUGAACCAGUUUUUUUUUUUCCAAUUCUUUUGUGGUUUCAAAACAUUUUGUUCUCAAGCAAUGUGUUUUGAUACUCCAUUUGGAUAGACUAUUUUGAUACUGCAAAUAUUUUAAAUUUAGCAAGUUUAAUGCUACAUUUAAUUUAAAUCUUUUUUUUUCAUAGAAAUAUUUAAAAAUGAGAGACAUAUGUGCCUGGUGUGCAUGUCUUGGAUUCAAUUUCAAUCUUUCAUUAUAAAACUGCAAGGAUUGAAAAAAAAAUAAAAUCUUUUAGAUUUAUGUCAUCUUGUUUCCAUCCUUUUAACUACAACACAAAAAUAAGAAUCCAAAAGAUUAGAGGAAGAGAAUAUUUAAAUGAUUUGUUUGUCUCAUAAAACUGCCUUCUCAGGUUGGUGUCAUGCUGAAGCCAUUCUUACCUCAACUCCAAACCACUUUUGUCAAAGCCAUCAAUGAUCCCAAUCGUACAGUUAGACUCAGGGCGGCCUCAGCUUUGGGAAAACUUAUAUUGAUUCACACCAGGGUGGAUUCUCUCUUCAAUGAACUCAUCGCUGGUUUCAAGAGCACAGAAGAUUACAGUAUCAAGUGAGUUGGUCCAAUACAAUGUGUUGUUGCAUUCAUGUUUUUUUAAUCAUGAUCAUAACUCCUUGACGACAUAGUUCGUCUGAAAAUGACUUAUGGUGCAUCUAAACACAUAGUAGUGCAGACAGAACUAAAUUAAUUUCAAAACUAACAACCAAUUAGUCUUGUGGAUAUUGACUUGUAAUUUUUUUCACACCAUACGUUGUUUAUUAUAUCUGUUGAGGGUUAGUUUUGUUGCUAUAUGUUCUCAGCGCCAUGAGGCUUGUGAUGUAUUGGUGACUUGAUUUUAUGUAUCGGUGACAUAGUGUCAAGACUGCCUUUGAGUAUGGGCAAUUCAUUUGGUAGUUACUGUCUGGUUUUUAGAAAGGGUUGUGAUUGUUACCCUCUAGCAAGUAGCGCAUAUUUGAAUUAUUGUGUCUUCUCUUAUGCCUUUUUAACCCCGUCUGGGGCAUAGGCCAUCCACAAGAAUUUCCCAUUCAUCACGGCCCUGUGCUUUCCUUUCCAGUUGCUUUCAGGUGUAUCCCAUAUUUUGCGUGUCUGCCUCUAGCUGGCGUCUCCAUGUAUUCUUUGGCCUUCCUCUCUUUCUUGUUCCCUGUGGAUUCCAUGUUAGAGACAUUGGGGGGUGAUGCUAUCUGGGGGUUUUUGGAUUAUUGUUUAACAAUGAUAAAUAACUUGGAUAGACAUUUACGUUGUUCUUGGAAUAGGACUUGCGUUCAUUUUUAAUGUGCCAGUAAAAAGGGAAGAGAGCAGUUACAUCACUGUCCCACUUGCAUCUAAAAUAUUAGUAUUUAUCUAUCUCACUUGUUAUCAUUAAUUGGAUGGCAAAAUGAUUCAAACACGCUUUCAUUAAGACAUAGUUUUAUUCCACUGGAAGUAAGCAUUUUUCUAUUACAUUAUUAGUGCAGUCAAAAUAAGGAUCUACUGAAAAAAAGAUGUAUUAUCAUUAGCCUGACUUAUUUUGCACUCUGUAUGUAACCCAUUUUCAAAAACUUUCUAAAGUAUUAUUUCAUUGAAAAAAUUUAAGUUAAAAAUUAAUCCUUUUUGCACAUUGUGGUUAAAAAAAAUGUAGCAAGGUUGUUUUAAAGUGCUGCCUGCAUCUCAUUGAUCAUUUCAUUGGUUUGGUCUCUCUAGAGAUACAUUUGUACAGGCUAUCCGUGCCUGCCUCCAGGGAGCUGGUUCAAAAAUUGCAGACGCUGGCCGCAAGCAGUUGACUCAAACACUCGUGGCCCUCAUUGCAUCUACAGAAGACAGCACUCGAAUGACAGCAGCUGGCUGUUUGGGCACCUUGUGUGCCUCCCUUCCUGAUGUCGAACUUUCUGAUCUGAUGAUUCAACAUCUUUUAGGUAAGAUUUUUUUUAAAUUCAGAAAUUUAUUGUCAGAAAUUUUUUUUUAGGGCUGCGUUCCCUAAAGGGUGGUACAUGGACUGACACCUUUCUGCGAGCUUAACAUUGCUGGCUCAAGCAACAUCAAUAUUUAUGGUCAAAUGAAGAAAAUAUAAUAAAUUAAUCUGGCACAGGCCCCUGGUACAUUUUGGAAACUUGUCCACCGGUCCGCCAAACUUAAAAUUUGGGAACCACUGUUGUAUAGUUUAACACUUACAUUACCAAGGCCUACCUGAUUCAUUUCCCGUCUAUACUAAGCCUGUAUUGCAAUGGGUAAAAGAAGGAAAUAGUGGAACGGGGUAUGUUGGAGCUAGAAGUGAAAGGACAAUAAAAAGAUCCGGUGAAAGGAAUUGUUUUGCAAACCAAACAAAAAACAAGGAAAUAGACAUGAGUUAAGAACCUUUGUGUUGGUAGUGCCCUAUGGUGUAGACAAAUGCUAGAGGCGGAAGUGUUAUAUUAUUGGCAUGAGUUUGGUUAUCCAAAACCAAACAUCUGUACUGGCCAAAAGAUGACACAGAAAUAAGGAUGUGACAAAUCAUUUUUAAAAUCAUUAUAACUAGACGGCAUAGCAUUUUUUGGGGGGUUUUUCUUGGCACUGUUCUUGAGUGUUUCUGUAUACAUCAUUCAAACCUUCUGACUUUCUCAUCAAAUGUAUCUAUAAUAUGGGUUAUAUGUGGAAUGGCGUGAAGAGUCACUAAAUGUAGGCUACAUUUACUUAAAACAAGGUUACCAAAAAAGAGAAAGGAUCUACUGUGUCAGACUUAAAAAGCUUAAUUUUGAAAAUGCUUUGAUAACAACCUGAUAAAAACAACUUAUUAUUUGUACCUAAGGCAUUAAUUGUGUUUAGCCCAUUAGCUUAACAAAAUUGUAACAAUUCAGUUUCGUGAGUUUUUAUUUGGAGUCAACAAUAUUUCAUCUCUCUUCCAACUGAAUUAAAUCUUUGUCGUUUUAAUUCUCAGACACAGACCCAAGCCUGGACUGGACAUUGCGCCAUGGACGUAGCAUGGCUCUGAGUGUAGCACUGAAGGACGCACCAGAGAAAGUCCUGAUGACGUCUCUGAGGAAAAGUGUUGAGUCAACCAUUGGAAAACUAGUAGCAGCUGAUAGAGUGAGUUUCUUGUUCAGUGCUGCAUAACAAUGCAAUUUACAUGACUGUCUUUUAUGUUAUGUUGCGUUCAGUUCCCAAAAGCCAGUUCUUAACUUUUUAAUGGCAAUAUUCCAAGGCAAUCUCUGUUGGAACUUGCCCAUAUGUACAGCUUUCCAUUACCCUCUACUAUAGUCUUCCUAAAUCAGAUUAUGGAGAAAAUAAUUUCUUUACCAUCGAGAUGGCAGCACCAGAUCGAGGGAACUCUGGGAAAUAUCACAGCUGCCUCAGCACCAUGAUCAGGCUAUGGACAACUUGCCUCAGUACUAUGAUCUUAAGUGUUGCUAGAAAAAAAGAUGUAGACAAUAAUUUAAAUAAAAAAGAAUGGAAAUCAAUUUAUAGUUAGCAUGCUUUAAAUGUCUUACUUUAUUUGACCUCUUCAGAAAUGCUCACCAGGAAUUUUUAAUAGUGUCAAUUCAAUUUUUAUCAAUAUAUUCCACCACCCCUUUUUCCAGAUUCCUAUAAGUCUCAGUGGUCUGAGGGCUGCUGGCUACCUACUACAAUAUCUCUUGAAAAAUGACAGUAGCUCACCCUCUGUGGGAGAAUUUGAGACAAUUCUUGUCAAGGUUUGAACAAAUUUUAAUAUUCUUAGAAAAUGACUUAUGGCCCCAACAUUUUUCAUUCUAUGGACUUUAUUUCAACAUUAUUCAACAUUUCUACACAUUGAAUGAAUCCUGUCUGGACAGAAUUAAAUAUUAACACACAUCCAACUUAAAUUUUGUGUUUGUGGGUGUUCAUACACUACUAAAACCAAUGCUGCAACCUCUAUUUCAUUGCCGUAUUCAAGAUAAUGCUCUGGCAUCAGUUGAUCUCUCUGUCAAUUUAAUUGUUACUGCUGUUUCAGAGUAUGAAGGCGGAAUCCAAUGAUGUCAAAAUUUUGGUGGCCCAGAUCAUCUCUUUCUUAGCUGAUCAGCAGGAAGGAAGGUUUCCUGGGGAUGUGCAGCUGGUGCCAGCUCUAGUGAUGGGAACCAAGGAGAAAAACUCCAUGGUCAAGUCCAGCUGCGAAGGGGCCCUUGUGCAUCUCUUGAGGUUGAGGACAGGAGACCAGUUGUAUCAGGUACAUCAGUUGUUAGAAGUGUUGCUGGAAUGACACAUCCUAAUUCUGAGUAGCCCAAUUUUACUGGGGUUACGACUGUAACCGCUCACACUGUUGUUGUUAAUGCAGGGGUGAUAGUUAGCCAAAUCUAGAACACAACAGUCACAUCCACAUCAAGACAUCAUCAACGUUGUCAAAUGAAUUACAGAGUCACAUGAUAAUCAAAUCGGCACUUUAUUCCAAAUAAGACCGUAUACACAUGAUAAAUAAAUAACGUCCCCAUCAGUGCAGGAUUUCCAUGAAUAUAUUUAUAUUCACUUCUCUGUAUUAAAUAAAUAUCUUUCUACCAUCCUCACAAUUAUUACACACUUUACAAUAGCACAGAAUCAACACAACCUCUUCCAACAUGGAUGCCUAAACCUGUCCGUUAUAUCGCUACAAAAUUGUGUCUCAAAUGAUAAGUCUUAACAUCAAUUUAGCAUGCAUAAAGUCAUACUGUUACAAAGACAUGUAAAGAAUCCAUUUUGUUUUGAUAAUAGUAUACUUUUAUCAAAAUGCUGCCAUUCUAUAGAUGAUAACCUGUUAUCUGCAAGCUCAUCUUUGUCUUUAGAAUUAUUGGCAGAUUCUUAAAUGUCUGAAAACAUAAUUGACAUAUGUUACAUUUUAUAAAUUUAAAUCUUUGGCACAAUAUGCAUUUAACAUUGGUUAUAUUUAUAUGUUUGACUUACAAAUAUUUAUUAGAUGUAAUUCACUUCCAACAAUGCAGAAGUUUUCAAAUGAAACCAGCAAAUGCUCCAUUUCUUCUAGCAUCGUCUCAAUACAAGCUGGGAAAUUAAGCUUUCUGUUUGAUACUUUUUUAACUUGAGAGUGCAAAUAUUCAAUUUAUUACAUUAUUUUGAUUUAAUGGUAAUAUUUUUUUAAAACAAUAUUAGUUUCAGAAAUGAAUUUCUGUAGAACCCAGGCUAAUGAACUUAAUCCGAUCUAUGACUCCUUUCUUAAACCGAAAACUUUCACUGACCUAAAUAAUUUUUAUUUUGGAAUCAAUGUAAAUUCAAGUAAUCUGUUCUAGCCCAACAUUUUAGUUGUGUUUCUUUAAUAUAAAAUAUCAUUUGAUUUGACCUAGCAGCCUCUCCAUGUCUUACAACACAACGAGUUCCACUUCUUCGGCAAAGUUGAUCAAUCCACUCUCUACUCAAUUUCAAGUCUUCAGUUUAUGAUCCAUUUUCAUUUAUUCAAAUUAACAAUAAUUUUUCUACUUUUUUUUAACACUUUAGACCUUAGCUUCAUUUAGCUACAUCAGUGUGACAUCAGCAGCCUUUAUGCCUCUUUUUAUUUUGGAUUUGUAGAGAUGGUCGAUUUUGCCAUGUUGUAUUGCUUGGGGAUGUAGGAAAAUAUCAUAUUUAAAUAUAAUUUCUUUAUUUACUGCCAUACUAACAGGAUCCCUUUGAAUAACAUUUUUCUCCUUGUGUGCCAUAAUGAGGGAUAAACUACAGAAAAUCAUUGUUAUUGAACACAGCCUUUGAACAAUUGAUGUUUGCUGGCAACACACCAAAGCACAUUUGAGCUAGGGGGAAUGUGUGUUUUGUGGACAGGCACAGUCAUCUGCUCGUAACUCCAAUUAUCAUUCAUUAACAAAUUUUGUUUGAUUGUACUAUUGGACACAAAUUUUGUUUGUUAACCGAUUUGUUCAUUAAUCCGAGGCUCCACUGUAGUUACGAAAGUAAAAUUACUAACGUUAGCUGGAGUUAUCCUUUUAAACCUUUAUUUCUUCAGAUCAUUAUUUAUUUACUAGAUAUAGCCUGCCAAACAUUGGCGACAGCAAUGCGUAAACUUCCCAUCUACUAAAGUUACUUGACAAAAACGUGAACUCUAUUUUGCUACACCACCCUCCCCUCCCCCUGCCUCCCCCCCCCCUACCUUUUCAUGAUACGUCACUGCACACUUUUUAUUUCACUCCCAUGAACUCUAUAAAUAUACCCGACCCGCGGCUUAGCAGACGCCGUGAGCUUGUUGGGGUGUGCGCGUGGCUGGCAAGCAAGGGUGGUCUAGGAGGGGAGGGGGGGCGGUAGCCCCACCGCAGUGCGCAUGUCUCGAGACCAAUGAUGGGCAGGCAAGGAAAGGGAGGGUAGGGUUUGCCUGCGUCGUGCUUGCUCUUGCGUAUGUAUAUAUAGCCUGCGUGGUCGUUGUCUUCUUGUUUGCCCUACUUCUGGCGAAUUAUAUAUAUAGAUUGUACUAUUGGACACAAUUUAAAAUUUAGCUCUACUUAUAGUUGCAGGUUGGGUGGAAACAGAAAAAAAAUUUUUAGCUUAGCACUAAUAGAUUUUGUACCAAAAGUGAAAUUCUGACGCUAUUUGAGAUUUUCAUGGCAAUGGCCACAUGACAUCACUUGAUUUCUGGAAUGAAACCGAUUAGCUUUAUGAAUGUGAUUUGUUCAGGAAUAAUAAAUCAAUCUGUUUAAUUGAGAAUUACCCAGUUUAAUUUACACUAAUAACAUUUGACUAUUUCAUUGACAGGAAAUGCUCUCCUCUCUUGACUUGGGCAUGCAGGAUUCUCUCAAAGAAGUUGUUUCCCGUUCUCUGAGAAAAAUUGCUUCACAGCCUGAAUCCCCAGUGGAGGAAAUUGAUGACACACUCUUGAGAUGAUUAUUGAAACGGUUUGAAAGGGACAGAAGAAACCAAUUGUGUUUGAUUUUAACUUUUUCCCUGGCAUCAGUUUGUAUUUAUAUGAUGGUAAUUUUAUUUUACUGCAAAGUCUUUAUGUCAUUAGCAAGGGAAUGUAAUUUUGUUGUUUGGCUCUUUGUCAAAAUUCGGCACUGAGCUGAUGUUGCAUUUAUGCAUGCGUGACUGAAUGAAUACGAGUUGAAUAAAAGCGUCAGAGAAUUAUACAUUUUUUUUUAAUCAAAGAAAAAAUUGCCAUUUACAAAUGAACUUUUGGGGAACAUGGUGGCAAAAUAUUUGAUAUAUGAUAUUUUCCCAGGUUGUUUGUUUAUUUACUUCAUUUCUGUUAAUUUUUUAAAUAUUAAGUUAAUAUAAAGCUUUCUUUAGAACGGUAGCAAUAUUUUAACAAACAUAAAAUCUUAUCAACUGAGUUAAACCCUAAUAUUCAUCCACUGCCUUCUUCUUCAUCAUUUGGCAUUGAGGUAUCAACUCAAGAUUUCUGGGACCUUUUUUUUUAUCCUCCUUUUGUUGUGUCCAAUUUUCAAGCUCAAAUUUUAAUUAAUAAUGUGUUUAAUGACCAUUAGAGAUUGUUAGUGAGUUGUUUGUCAUAUCUUGUAUUCAUCCCAACCCUCAUUGAGGCACUGUACAUUAAAUAUUCUUGUUUUUAAAUUAAACCUCAAGGAGAUAUUGAAAAUAAGGUGAUUAUAGUUGCGUCAAACAAAAAAUGUGCACAUAUUUGUUUUAUUUCAGUUUUUUUAUUGUGUGAACAAUUUUAGUUAUUUCUUGAUUUGCAUAUUUCCUGUAUUUUCAUCUAUAAAAAGAUAAUUUAAAGGGUUUUAGGGGCCUGUUGCCUGUUGGCUAAGUGUAGUGAAAUGAAACAAGGUUCACUAGUAAAUAUAACUUGACUAUGUUAUCGAUAAUAUCUUGAACCCCUUGGAAUUGAGAUCAUUACAUGUUCUUUCUUUUUUUUUUAUGUCUUGAAGAUUAAUUUAAGAUGUUUAAUGAUAUCCUGUGUGAUGUCUGAAGGAAAUAUAAGAUGGAUUUUGUAAGCAAAGAAAAUAAAAAAAAAUUACUGAUAGGCUUACUACAUGUUUUGCUGACAUAUUUAAUCUUCAAGAUAGAAUUUAUUUAAAAAAGUUUUAAUUUAAACAAAAGCUAAUUAAAAUAUUUUACCACUUUAUACCGAUUUAUUGUUGGUUUCGAAAUAUUUAUUGAGUAUUCGCCUAUAGGGUCUUCCUAGAGGGCCCAUAAGAGCCAUUGAUGCUGUUCGUUAUAAAAAAUUGUCAUUGUGAGAAUAAAAACCAUCAUCUAAUUGAGGUAUUUUUAAUGAACCAUGAGCAAGGCCAUUGACAAAAAGUUUUCACUGUUUGUUUGAUUUAUUUAAAUUUGCAUGUCUGCUAAAGCUUUUCAGGACUUCAAUGCUGGAGCAGUGUUGCACCCCACAUGUUUGUUUCCUUUAAUAGAAAGUUUAAACUAAAAAUUCUUCUCUAGCUAUUCAGGUGCAUGCCGAGUUUAUUGGAGGGUUAUACGAUUUCGUACGACUUGAGAAUCAGUAAGUUGUACCAAAGAUAGAAUCAACUAUACAAACUGAGAAAAAAAACUAUAUUAGAGUAAUCUCACACAGAUUUAACAAAUUGUAACUGAAAAAAUACUGUUUAUUUUAAAAAAUCAAACUUCAUGCAUAAACUUACUUAGGUACCGGUAAGUUAUUUAUCAAAAUAAAUAAAUAAGCCAAAAAUGAACCAGCCAUAUGCAAUUAACACCUAUAUAUUUCUAUUUGCAGCUUUAUUUUAAACUUUAAGAAUUAAU